AUGUCUGGGUCCAUACCUUUCUACCAGAAACAGCACCGCCACUAUGAUCGUGACUACCGCAGCAAGGAGGUGGAGUCGGCUGUUAGCCAGUACCAGUCGAGUAGCAGCAGCUAUGCCACCCGCAGCAGAGCCAGUGCCAGUCUCAGUGCCAGCAGGGGGUAAGGAGGAGAAGGAUGCCCUGCAGUACAGUAGCUCUGGCUCAUAUCCAUGCAUCCCAUCCAUACUGGUGUCAGAAGAUGGCCCUGCUGCCCCUGUAACCCCAUCACCAACCUUACCUCCUAUCUCAUACAUCUGUCAACUUUUCCCAUGCCAUCCAUGGCCUCCACAUCAGUCGGUCCUGCUUAGUAACCAUCAUUUCUCUGCUUUAAAUGAUUCUUCUUCCACUUCCUGCUUCUACACCUGCAGUAUUAAGGUGUUUGACCACUCCCAGUAACAUUCUCUAACCUUAUCUCUUUUCUCUAAAACCAUUCCAUAAAUAUAAUAUGUCUGUGAAUCCUGCAUGAAGUUCCAAGUAGUCCUUUAUAUGGAUACUGUGCAUGUCGGUGUCUGUUGCACACUGCCCUGUCUGCUUUUGAACUAAUGCACUUUUUCUUUUAAGACAACCUUCUCCUAGUUCCCACUAUAGUUCAGUUAACCAGAAAUAGAGCAUCUCACAUUCACAUUGACUCUGUCGUCAUAAAUGUUUGAUGCAGGCUGGGUGUAAGCAAGCUUUAAAGGAAUGCACUGUGUUGCAUAAUGCAGUGUUAUGCUAUAGGCCUAUGCCAUGGCCUAUAGACUGAAAUAGCAUCCUGACCCGUGCAUACCAUGUCUCUGGGAAUGUGAGCUGUAGUGUAGAUUCUCUGCCCUAGUUCUCUAAACCCCAGUUUUAAUGGUUUCCUUUCUUGAGGUCUUGUUUCCCUGUUAAGAUGUUUUAUUUUGUUCAGCCAGUACAUCCAUUGGGGGCUUCCUCUCGCACUAAACAACGAUGCUAUUUUGCGUGAGUACAUAAGGCAUAAGGCUUUUUAGCAUGCUUCUCUUAGAGCCUUGUAAUGCAUUGUGAUCUGGAGACAUGGCUGAAGUUGGCUAUGAGUUAAGGUCUUGUUUGGGGUCAGCAGCAGGUAGCCUAGCGGUUAGAGUGUUGGUCCAGUAACUGAAUGGUCAAUGGUUUGAAUACCCGAGCCAACAAGAUGAAAGAUCUGUGGAUGUGCCCUUUCGCAAGGCACUUAACCCACAUUUUCUCCAGGGGCGUUGUACUACUAUGUCUGACCCUGUAAAACAACACAUUUCACUGCACCUAUCUGGUGUAUGUGACAAUAAAACAUAUUUUUUGGGGGAGAUUGCAUCCACCUGUGGAUUUCCCAGAAUUGUUGAAUGCAGUGGUCAUUAAUGUCUUUCAGUGGGUCGUUAUUUGCUGUUUGAAUUGUUUUAUUUAAGGAAUUAUCGAUGAGAUAUAGGAGUAUUUACAAGACUAUUCUGGCAAUCUAUGGACGGCCUAACAACAGUGGUUGUGAUUGUAUUGAAUCACGUGUUGAAAUGUUGGCGGUCUCACUCUUAGGAACAACUGGCAUCUCUAAAUACACUGGCCUUGACAGUGUGCAUAGGAGGUCAAAGGGUUUCUGUGGAGCUAAUGGUCCCUCAUUUGGGCCUUUAUGGUUGAACCUCAUGCUGUCAGGAAUUUACCCAGCUUUCCCUGCCUUUGGGUUAGUGACACCAUUGGUCGAACCAUAGUACUCUACCUUGUCGCAUAGCAAUGUCCCUAUGGCAUAGGCAUAGGGAAUAUAAAUGGUGCAUUGACAAGACGGAUUCAGAGGCCUCAGUAAGAGACAUUUUCUCCCCUGUUGAUUUUGAAAUUGAAUAGCCUUUUGCUGUUUAUUAUAGUCUGAUGGUGACAUAACAAAAGUUAUGAACUGGAGAUUGUCCUGGUAUUGUGCAGACAUACCAAUUGUUCCAUUAGGAAUACUCAUUGAAUGGGAAUUACCUUUCAUGCAUUCCCAUUCUGCAAUAAGAGCGAUCCUUAUCGUAAUCCAUCUACAUAUUGAUCCUUAUUUUACCUGGUAAGGUGACUUAUUCUCUUUUACCGCAAUGACCUGGAGAAGAGUUACGGGGGGAGGAGAGGGAAUAAAUGAGCCAAUUGGAAGCUGGGGAUGAUUAGGUGGCCAUGAUGGUAUGAGGGCCAGAUUGGGAAUUUAGCCAGGACACUUGGGUUAACAUUUACAUUUUACAUUUUAGCAGACGCUCUUAUCCAGAGCGACUUACAGUUAGUGAAUACAUAUAUAUAUUUUUAUACUGGCCCCCCGUGGGAAUCAAACCCACAACCCUGGCGUUGCAAACGCCAUGCUCUAUCAACUGAGCUACAUCCCUGCCGGCCAUUCCCUCCCCUACCCUGGACCAAUUGUGCGCCGCCCAUGAGUCUCCCGGUCGCGGCCGGCUGCGACAGAGCCUGGAUUCGAACCAGGAUCUCUAGUGGCACAGUUAGCACUGCGAUGCAGCACCUUAGACCACUGCACCACUCAGGAGGCUAACACCCCUACUCUUACGGCAAGUGCCAGGAGAUAUUUAGUGAUCACAGGGAGUCAGGACACCAGUUCUCACGUCCCAAUCCGAAUGACGGCUGAGUGUUUUUCCAACCCUGAUUCUAUGACUGAUACUAUGAAGUGGUAUUCUCAGGGGUCUUGGAGGGGCAGGGUGGGGAAACAGUUUUCCUGUUCCAUAGUUGUCGGUGUUCUGUUGCCUUUCCUCUUUGUUUUUACUCUGAGCCAGACGCUGUGUGGGGAUGGAACCCCUUCACCCCUCCGUUUUUACACCCACUAGACUUGUCACCGCCUCCCUUCCCAGGUCACCAGAUUUUACAGGGGAGUAAUAUAGAUUCUACAUAUGAGUGACAUACACUGAGUAUACCAAACAUUAGGAACACCUUCUUAAUAUUUGCCCUCAGAACAGCCUCAAUUCGUUGGGUCAUGGACUCUACAAGGUGUUGAAAGCAAUCCGCUGGCCCAUGUUGACUCCAAUGCUUCCCACAGUUGUGUCAAGUUGUCUGGAUGUCCUUUAGGUGGUGGACCAUUCGUGAUACACACAGGAAACUGUUGAGCAUGAGAAACCCAGCAGCGUUGCAGUUAUUGACACAAACCGGUGCGCCUGGUACCUACUACCAUACCCUGUUCAUAGGCACUUAAAUAUUUUGUCUUGCCCAUUCACCCUCUGAAUAGCACACAUACACAAUCCAUGUCUCAAUUGUCUCAAGGCUUAAAAAUCCUUCUUUAACCCGUCUCCUCCCCUUCAUCUACACUGAUUGAAGUGGAUUUAACAAGUGACAUCAAAAAGGGAUCAUAGCAUUCACCUGGAUUCACCUGGUCAGUCUGUCAUGAAAAUAGUAAGUUUUGUACACUCAGUGUACAUUAUAUACACACACAGGAGAUACAUAUGGCUCCAUUUCAUAUUGUCUGGCAAUUGUUUUGUUGCCUAUAAUGCAGUGUACCAUUAAUUACGUGUUGAUGUACACUACUGGUCAAAAGUUUUAGAACACCUACUCAUUCAUUGUAGAAUCAAAACUAUGAAACAACACAUAUGGAAUCAUGUAGUAACCAAAAAAGUGUUAAACAAAUCCAAAUAUAUUUUAUAUUUGAGAUUCUUCAAAUAUCCACCCUUUGCCUUGAUGACAGCUUUGCACACUCUUGGCAUUCUCUCAACCAGCUUCACCUGGAAUGAUUUUCCAACAGUCUUGAAGGAGUUCCCACAUAUAUUGAGCACUUGUUGGCUGCUUUUCCUUCACUCUGCGUUCCGACUCAUCCCAAACCAUCUCAAUUUGGAUGACGUCGGAGGAUUUUGGAGGCCAGGUCAUCUACUGCAGCAUUCCAUCACUCUCCUUCUUGGUAAAAUAGCCCUUACACAGCCUGGAGGUGUGUUGGGUCAUUGUCCUGUUGAAAAACAAAUGAUAGUCCCACUAAGCCAAAACCAGAUGGGAUGGCGUAUCGCUGCAGAAUGCUGUGGUAGCCAUGCUGGUUAAGUGUGCCUUGAAUUCUAAAUAAACCACAGACAGUGUCACCAGGAAAGCACCCCUACACCAGAACACCACCUCCUCCAUGCUUUACGGUGGGAAAUACACAUGUGGAGAUCAUCCGUUCACCCACACCGGGUCUCACAAAGACACGGCGGUUGGAACCAAACAUUUCCACCGGUCUAAUGUCCAUUGCUUGUGUUUCUUGGCCCAAGCAAGUCUCUUCUUCUUAUUGGUGUCCUUUAGUAGUGGUUUCUUUGCAGCAAUUCGACCGUGAAGGCCUGAUUCACGCAGUCUCCUCUGAACAGUUGAUGUUGAGAUGUCUGUUACUUGAACUCUGUGAUGCAUUUAUUUGGGCUGCAAUUUCUGAGACUGGUAACUCUAAUGAACUUAUCCUCUGCAGCAGAGGUAACUCUGGGUCUUCCAUUCCUGAGGCGGUCCUCAUGAGACCCAGUUUCAUCAUGGCGCUUGAUGGUUUUGCGACUGCACUUGAAGAAACGUUCAAAGUUCUUGAAAUGUUCCGUAAUGACUGACCUUCAUGUCUUAAAGUAAUGAAGGACUGUCGUUUCUCUUUGCUUAUUUGAGCUAUUCUUGCCAUAAUAUGGACUUGGUCUUUUACCAAAUAGGGCUAUCUUCUGUAUACCCCCCUACCUUGUCACAACACAACUGAUUGGCUCAAAUGCAUUAAGAAGGAAAGGAAUUCCACAAAUUAACUUUUAAGAAGGCACAGCCGUUAAUUGAAAUGCAUUCCAGGUGACUACCUCAUGAAGCUGGUUGAGAUAAUGCCAAGAGUGUGCAAAGCUGUCAUCAAGGCAAAGGGUGGCUAUUUGAAGAAUCUCAAAUAUAAAAUAUAUUUUAAUUUGUUUAACACCUUUUUGGUUACUACAUGAUUCCAUAUGUGUUAUUUCAUAGUUUUGAUGUCUUCACUAUUAUUCUAAAAUGUAGAAAAUAGUAAAAAUAAAGAAAAAUCCUUGAAUGAGUAGGUGUUCUAAAACUUUUGGGCAACAGUCUCUAAGGUGGAGGCUAGAGUACCGGGUGGUAGCCGGCUAGUAACAGUGAUUAAUUUCCUCGUUUGAUAUCUGGUACUGACUUCGAACCAAGUAGGCCGGUGGGUGGGGUUACAAAUAGCCAUACUCAAUGAUUGGUCUCACGUAAUGAUCACAGUAUCGCGUAUGUUGUUAAUACUCAUGCACGAGUCACUGGUGCCAUUUCUAUAAGAGAAGGUAAGUCUGACUACAAACGGUACAGCCACAGAUAGAACUUGGUACAGCUACACUAACAAAUAAAUUGCUCAGUUGGAGCGUUUUUUAGCAAAUAUUGAAUACGUUAGCCGAGAUGGGAAUCAAUCGGUCAGUAAAACAGUGCAGGGAAAAUUAAGAAACUCAAACAAGAAUAUAAAAAGAUCAUAGACCAAACAACAAAAGUGGAUCAGAGUCAGACAGUGAUAUUUGAAGCCAUGAUGACGCCCGGUAAUACAUUGAAUCUGAAAUAUAAAAUAUAUUUGGAUUUGUUUAGCACCUUUCUGGUUACUACAUGAUUCCAUAUGUGUUAUUUCAUAGUUUUGAUGUCUUCACUAUUAUUCUACAAUGUAGAAAAUAGUAAAAAUAAAGAAAAACCCUUGAAUGAGUAGGUGUUCUAAAACUUUUCACCGGUAGUGUACUUGUGAUAAUCAAUUUGGUGCAACCUAAAUAAUGGUUGUGUUGGGUGUUUGGUUUGUAGUGUCAGGUGUGUGGGUUUUGAGCUGAGAACCCUUUGUAUUUUUGAGAGGAUGAGGAUGUCUGUGUAUCUUCCCUUCACCUACUCUCCUAUGACCACCAUGUUUCAUUUUCAUUGGUCCUUUUUAUGUUUAAAGAGUUUGAUAUAUUAAAACAAGUUCCAAAACCGCACGCUGGUGACGACAGACGAACGACUUUGUCUUAAUUCUAUCUUAUAUUUUGUCAUUGCAGACAUGUCAUUGCAGCUUAACCCACCUAAGCCACCCUCCUUGUUGAUGAUUAAUAUACCCCAUAAUACAACCUUUCUCCUCCUCAUCCAGCCCUUCAGAUUACAUUGACAUUAACUUUGAUGUUAUUACACUGUGUUAGGUUGACAUUGCUGUAUUGACACUAUCCUGUGUCUUAGACUUAGUGCAUCAUACUCUGGGCUGGAGGAGAGCAGACUGAGCCCAAUCCCCAAGAGAGCCAAGCCCACCUACCUGGCUAUGGACAAAGAGAACCAGAUCAUCGGCUAUGUAGUGCCCAUCUUCAGGGGCAGGUAAACUAGUCAACGAUCUUUGAACCUUGUGGAGAAGCCAGGGACAUUUUGAUAUCAGUGAGUGGUUCUGACCAAUGACCAUGAAAAUGACCCCACUGCCCACUCUCCUCCCUGGCUUUGCUCCCCCACCUUAGUCAGGAGUAUGCCAGUGGGCUUUCAGAUACGGAGGAGGCCCGGCUGAAGGAGAGUACUGAAUAUAUGGCCCGGAGGAAUCUGUUCACGAGUGGGUUGGAGAUGGAGAGGACGGAGCAGACGUCUAGGAAGGUGUCCAUGCGCGAAUCAGCCGAGCGCAUCUCCCUGAGCAAGAGGGUUAGUGCAGGAGUCUUUGUGAAGUCAUAGAGGGCAGUAUUCCUUUGACACAUCACAUUGAGGAAUACAGAAUAAUACGCACCUUCGUGACAUCAUAAUGGGGAAUAUUGAGUCUUUGUCAUGUCAUAGAUGUCAGUAGGGCUGCACAAUGAAUCGAAUUCACAUCAAAAUCUCAAUAUUGACAUGUACAAUAUCCAUAUUGCAGAAGCAUGCAAUAUUUUGAAACGCCACUCAGCCGCAUGUAACGUACUCUCCUCAAGUAUGGGUAGCUGCAGCCCAAUAUGGCGACCGGAGUAUAGGCGAGUGGGUGUGUCGAAAGGAGUGGGUGUAUGGAAAGCAAAUCAGCGAACGUCUUACGUGUCUGAUUAGGCUGCACAGUGAGCCGAACUGAGUUGCUUCUUACUGGGUAUCGGUCGUGUUGCCGGCGGUAGCUAACAUGGCAAUUUUUUCCCUCCCAUUAUUUUAUUUCAAGUAGGACAGCAGCCUACACAAGAAAAAACGAAUAUUGAUAACCAUCUAGAUGUCACCUUGAUACAUACAUACAUACAGUCUACUAAUCAAUGGGGAGCAGGGGAGGGCAUGAACGGAAACAACACCGGGACACAGUGUCCUUCGCUCCAGCUUGACAAGCACUACUGUUCGGCAACGGCGUGGGAAGUUGCUACCUAGUAGCCAAUAUCAGGGGGACAGUCAAAGUAAGCACACGCAUACAAUGCAUGAAGCAACAGUACACCCAUCAUCAGUACUUUUAAUAAAAAAUAAACAAUCGUCAGUUUUAUAACUGAAAAUGUACAAUUAUUUGUGUAAAACUAACAGUGAAGUACAACUCCGACUCAUCCUCUGGCUUCAAAACAGAAGUCCAAACCCCCGCGGCACGUUAGGUAAGAAACGUAAGAAAAAAAACACAGCUCAAUCAAACCAUUUAACCUAUAGCAGAGUGCUUUUGACACAUUCACUCCUUUCCACACGCCCACUACUUUCCUUUCGACACACCCACUCCUUUCCAUACCCCACUACUUUCCUUUCAACACACCCACUCCUUUCCAUACCCCACUACUUUCCUUUCGACACACCCACUCCUUUCCAUACCCCACUAUUUUCCUUUCGACACACCCACUCCUUUCCAUACCCCACUACUUUCCUUUCAACACACCCACUCCUUUCCAUACCCCACUACUUUCCUUUCAACACACCCACUCCUUUCCAUACCCCACUACUUUCCUUUCGACACACCCACUCCUUUCCAUACCCCACUACUUUCCUUUCAACACACCCACUCCUUUCCAUACCCCACUACUUUUCUUUCGACACACCCACUCCUUUCCAUACCCCACUACUUUCCUUUCGACACACCCACUCCUUUCCAUACCCCACUACUUUCCUUUCGACACACCCACUCCUUUCCAUACCCCACUACUUUCCUUUCAACACACCCACUCCUUUCCAUACCCCACUACUUUUCUUUCGACACACCCACUCGCCCAUACUCCGGUCGCCAUAUUGGGCUACAGCUACCCCCUCCUCCCUCUUGUGGCUGCUUCACACAAAACCCCGCCCCCUGUCACUCAAGCAGCGCAGUUCCUCCUAUCUGUUAGAUUCAGGUUGCAUGCUGUUCUGUUAGGUCAAAUGCAGUCAAUACAUUGGGCGGAUUAGAUUAUGCUGAGAUUAGAUUAUGCUGAUACUCGGGCGAAAGCGGGGAGGGAGGAGCGCCAUUCCCAAAUCGAACAGAAAUCUGUGCCGCUCUGUCAUUUUGUCAACAAGGCAGCACUGUGCAUUGUCUAGAAACAUACAUCUCUUUUCCAUAAAAUAAAUAUUUGAAUUUUGUAACUCGUUUUCAUUGAGAAGGCAGAUAAAGCUUGAAAGCAAUCACUUUUGCAUGUGAAAACACAAAAUCCUACUCAAUACUCCACGUGCUCCUACGUCACUUUGUUUUGAGCCGACUUCACCGUGGGCUUUGAACGGGGCACACAGGGCACCUGGCUUUGGAACCUGUGUGGGGUGAAAGUUGAUUGCGUUCAUUUUGGAACCAGGCUAAAAUGAAUGCAAUCAACUUUCACCCGGUGCAAAUCAUGCCUACACAGGUGCCAGGCGAGAUUAAUCGAACCCCCCCAUUGUUCCAAACAAGAAUGAUGCUGCUUUACACUUUGCUUCUUAAUAUAAAUCAUUUUAUUUCUAUAAUUCCAACAGUUCACCGAAGUGUUUGGAUUUAUAUCGCAAGUCCAAUCGCAAUAUUUGGAUACAAAAUCAAUGUAGGCCCAUAUUGUGCAGCCCUACAGUAGAUGCCGGAAUCACAUUGGGGAAUACUGGAUAAUACUCAUCAUAAUGGGGUAUUCUUAGUUUGAUGACUUCUGACUGAACAAUACCUUCUCUUGUUACAUCACAGAGUGGCAUUAUUUCCCUCAUUGACAUCAAAGAGAAGAGUACAGAUGUAGGAUCUUCAUUUGAUCACUCUUUUGUUAAUUAGAAUGUUCCUGCACAGCAGGAAAUGCACACUUGUAGUCUAUUCACGGUUUUAAAAGGCUUCUAAAGUUAGUAAUUUCCAUUUCCAAAUUUCAGACUUGAUUUGCCGUAAUGUAAAAUGUAUCAACCCCUACAAAAAAUUGUUUCCAUUAAUUUGAUCCACAUAAUAAUUCACAUUUCCCUUUGCUGCAUGAUAAUUUUCCUGCUGUAGCAAACUGGCUCAAAUUAAGAUCCUACAUACCAAGUCACAAUAAUGUGCAGUGCGUUCGAUUUGCCUACUGUUGGGGGGGCAGGGCAACCCCCAGCUCCUCUAAAACCAUUGUCAACAGCUUGCUUUUCAAGGGAUUGUUAAAUAAAUGUUAACUAUUUGGUUGUAAUCUCAUCACCUCUUGAAGAGCAUAGUCAGAACUACAAAUGUCAGAUUAUUCCAUGCAAAACAUUUAGCUCUAUCAUCAGAGUUAUACAGCAAGUAACUGCAUGCUUUUCAUGAUCAGUAAUUUAAGAUAAGUGAGCGUAGCCUCACAAUAUCUCUCAAUAUUGGCCACCAUUAAUUGGAUAUUUGAGUGAUAAAAAAUUAAAAGUGAACUAUACCUGACAAGUAUGCGUGGUUUAUGUUCAUUUCCCAUCCUUUGUGGGCUCUGCCUUUCAAGCAGCAGAAGGGCGCAUUUGCCGUGGUACUGUUAGCUGAUAAUGUUUACUUUGCAAGCUACUGGUAGAAAUGUUGUACAGUUGGCUAAACAUAGUGGUAAGUAGACCUAACCCACUGGGUACAGACAUCAAUUCAACGUCUAUUCCACAUUGGUUUAAUUGAAUUGAUGUGGAAACAACAUUGAUUCAACCAGUGUGUGCCCAGUGGGUAAUGUACUUUUUUCUCCAACCAACGUAGGCCUACCUAGCAAACAUUAUCCCCUUUUUGAAACAUUGCUUUUAAGAGGGUUUAAUCACGAUUGCUGCUGACAGACAUGAUAGGCUACAUUGAUUAAUGGACCACGUCAAAUUGGCUAGCUAGCUAAUAGGCCUAACAGAUCACGUCAAGAUGGCUAGUUAACAAGCUAACGUUCAGGGGAUAAACUAGAUGGCUAUAUCCAAAUAUUGUUUGAUUUGCUUGCCAUCUAUAGUGGUGAUGACAGUAGUGCGACUGACAACUUUACCAGGAUGAGGACUUGCCGAUGGCAAGCUCUUUCCAAAAGCCUAAUGUCUAAUGAAGCAAGCUAAAUUACACAUGUUGUUUGCUUAGCUAGCUAGCUACAUCCCAAAUGGAUAGGCUACCCUCACGUAUCUGAAAAUACAUGAUAAAUUGAUGUUUACUGAUCAGGAAAAGCAUGCAGUUACUUGCUGUAUAACUCUGAUGAUAGAGCUAAAUGUGGAAUAUUCGGAAAUGUGUAGUUCUGACUAUACUCUUCUUCAAGGUGAUGAUAUUAAAACCAAAUAGUUAUAACAUUUAUUUAACAAUCCCUUGAAAACGGUACGUUUACGUUUGUGAGAUCACAGAGGAGAAUAAUCACUAAAUUGCUAUAAUGGAUGGGAAUACCGUAAGAAAUCCAUUAGCAAAGUAUCACAGGAAAUGUAUUGCCACAAGCAAUGUUUCAUUCCAUGGAUUCAUUCUGCUCUGGUUAUUUGAGUCCCUCAAUCAAAUAUUUAUGUCAAGGAAUAUCCUGCCCCAUUCACUCAGGAGGAUCAUAAAAGCUACAGUGUCCCUUGAGUGGGGCACACACUGUAUUUAGACUUCUGCCAGCACGUCAUGCCACUAAGUGAUACAGUUGAAGUCAGAAGUUUACAUACACUUAGCUUGGAGUCAUUACAACUUGUUUUUCAACCACUCUACAAAUGUAUUGUUAACAAACUAUAGUUUUGGCAAGUCGAUUAGGACAUCUACUUUGUGCAUGACACAAGUAAUAUUUCCAACAAUUGUUUACAGACAGAUUAUUUCACUUAUAAUUCACUGUAUCACAAUUCCAGUGGGUCAGAAGUGUACAUACACUAAGUUGACGGUGCCUUUAAACAGCUUGGAAAAUUCCAAAAAAUGAUGUCAUGGCUUUAGAAGCUUUUGAUAGGCUAAUUGACAUAAUUUGAGUCAAUUGGAGGUGUACCUGUGGAUGUAUUUCAAGGCCUACCUUCAAACUCAGUGCCUCUUUGCUUGACAUCAUGGGAAAAUCAAAAGAAAUCAGCCAAGACCUCAGAAAAAAAUGGUAGACCUCCACAAGUCAGGUUAAUCCUUGGGAGCAAUUUCCAAAUGCCUAAAGGUACCACAUUCAUCUGUACAAACAAUAGUAAGCUAGUAUAAACACCAUGGGACCACGCAGCCGUCAUACCGCUCAGGAAGGAGAUGCGUUCUGUCUCCUAGAGAUGAACAUACUUUUGUGUGAAAAAUGCAAAUCAAUCCCAGAACAACAGCAAAGGGCCUUGUGAAGAUGCUGGAGGAAAUAGGUACACAAGUAUCUAUAUCCACAGUAAAACGAGGCCUAUAUUGACAUAACCUGAAAGGCCGCUCAGCAAGCCACUGCUCCAAAACUGCCAUAAAAAAGCCAGACUAUGCUUUGCAACUGCACAUGAGGACAAAGAUUGUACUUUUUGGAGAAAUGUCCUCUGGUCUGAUGAAACAAAAAUAGAACUGUUUGGCCAUAAUGACCAUCGUUAUGUUUGGAGGAAAAAGGGGAAGGCUUGCAGGCUGAAGAACACUAUCCCAACCGUGAAGCACGGGGGUGGCAGCAUCAUGCUGUGGGGGUGCUUUGCUGCAGGAGGGACUGGUGCACUUCACAAAAUAGAUGGCAUCAUGAGGAAGGAAAAUUAUGUGGAUAUAUUGAAGCAACAUCUCAAGACAUCAGUCAGGAAGUUAAAGCUUGGUCGCAAAUGGGUCUUCCAAAUGGACAAUGACCCCAAGCAUACUUCCAAAGUUGUGGCAAAAUGGCUUAAGGACAACAAAGUCAAGGUAUUGGAGUGGCCAUCACAAAGCUCUGACCUCAAUCCUAUACAACAUUUGUGGGCAGAACUGAAAAAGCGCAUGCGAGCAAGGAGGCCUACAAACCUGACUCAGUUACACCAGCUCUGUCAGGAGGAAUAGGCCAAAAUUCACCCAAUUUAUUGUGGGAAGCUUGUGGAAGGCUACCCGAAACGUUUGACCCAAGUUAAACAAUUUAAAGGCAAUGCUACCAAAUACUAAUUGAGUGUAUGUAAACUUCUGACCCACUGGAAAUGUGAUGAAAGAAAUAAAAGCUGAAAUAAAUCAUUCUCUCUACUAUUAUUCUGACAUUUCACAUUCUUAAAAUAAAGUGGUGAUCCUAACUGACCUAAGACAGGGAAUCUUUACUAGGAUUAAAUGUCAGGAAUUGUGAAAAAAGUUUAAAUGUAUUUGGCUAAGGUGUAUGUAAACUUACGACUUCAACUGUACAUUCAGUGUUCAGAGAGCAUUAUCGGAUUAUGUGUUAGGGGUUAUUGGAUCCACAAGUAGGUGCUUAUGUCCAUAGUUGUUCAGAGAUCAUAAAUCAAUUACUCAUUAGGACUGUGACACGUGCAUGGAGUCUGCAUAUGUAAAGAAGACAGAGACUCGAAUCCAUAACUCGAUAUCAGCCCAUGUAACUUCAAUUUGUUUGCCCUUUGAUGUCUUUGAAACUUUUGUUAUUUGCACGGAUAUCAAGUUUGGAUUCAGCUCUAAGAGAUUCAUUGCCAAGCAAAUGCCUUGUGAAUGCUUUGUAUUUGCUUCAAGGAUGCAUCGUCAAUGUUUUAUGAAUUGAUGGGGAAUGCCUCAAAUGUUUUCUACAGGGUUCUGGAGGUAUAGUGUUUUACAGUUGCACCUGAGAAUGUGUUAUUAUAAAGGGUCCAUGAAUGCCGUACGAAGGCUCUAUGAAGGUUAAAUGAACACGCUAAUCCCCAGAUCAAUGAGAACGAGGAAUACCACAAGUGUAUGAACAAGGAUAGCCUGAUGCAUGCCCCGGAGUUUGUGAUUAAACCUCGCUCCCACACGGUGUGGGAGAAGCAGUGUGUGAGGCUGCACUGCACCGUCUCUGGAUGGCCUGACCCACGGGUUGUCUGGUGAGUACUGCACACACACAACACACGCACACACACACACCACCCUGGAUACACCUUGACAUGACCAACUGAUCACUAACACAAUACACACCAAAUCAAUCCCUUAUGGCUAGAGCACCAGCAAUUAUUGCCCUCUUAAUCCUAUCGUCAUGUCAUUGCACUAAAACACCAUAGAACCCACUAUACAUACUUCUCUGGUGUCUACCUAUCUUCUCUUUCUGGUCUCCAUCCUGAUUCUGAUCUGUACUUUAAACUCUAUUUUCCUUCUUUUCAUCUUCUCUCCUCCUGUCCUUGUUCCACAACAAGGUACAAAAACAAUGUGACAAUCGAUCCAAUGGCCCACCCGGGCAAGUAUAAGCUACAGAGCAGCUACAACGUGCAUUCGCUGGAGAUCGACAGGUAGGCACAACCCCAAAGCCACAGGGUCUUUCAGUAUGUAUCAAUCGAUUACAUGGACAGGUGGGCCCUGAUCCUAGAUCAGCAUUCAUACUCUAAGGGUGCUUUCACACUUGGUUCCUUUCAGCCAAUUGUUGUGUACUGAGUGCGGUUUGCUUAAAUGUAUGUGCAGUGUGGAUGCUCCAAAGGAACUCAGAUUCCUCAAAAGAGCCCCAAAGUGAACCGAACUGAGACCAUCUCUAGAGGUGGUCUGUGGUUCGGUUCACUUGAAGUCUGUGGUUCGGUUCCCUUUUUUCAGGGGAAUGUGAACACAAAGCUCACCAGGUCCACUUAUAAUUAUUCCCACACCAAGCACUAGGUUACUGCAAUACCGUUUCCCCUGCUAUAGCCCCUCACGUUAAUGCCAAAAACAAAUGUGCAGGUUGGCGGUACAAUUUGGAGUACACAAUUCUCAAUUAAAGCAUUAUUUAAUUUGCAAUUAUUCUUCUGCCAUUUAUCCUGUUACCAGUCAAUUUUACAUGUAAAUAUAGAAUUUUGAUUAUAAUUUGUAUGUCUUCUUUUUUAACUAAAUGCAAACUAUUAGCUUCCACAAAAUGUAUGUAGGUAGAUCCUUGGCUGUCCGAUAACAGGUUCUGAUGGUAUAGCUUGUCCUGCACUGUUUAUUUACCCAGAGUACAUUGAGUGAAUGUUGGAAAAAUAUCUUGUUUCCUUUCUAAACAUAGCAAUGUGAAUGCAAACAGGUCUCGGACCACAAAAUAUGUGAAGUUAACUAGCAAAAGAGUCCUCAUUAAAAGGCAAGGGCAGUGUGAAUACAAAGAGAACUGAGUUAUUUUGCAUUUUUUCUUUUACCCAAGAGUUCACUUUAAAGAGGACUGAGAUCGGUUCUUUUAAAGAAGAAUAUAUGUGAAAACACCUUGACACUUCAUACAUACGGACCAGGUCUUCUCUCUGUGGUGGCUCAUUGCUGUGAAUUAACAUAUACUAUCAAACAACACAGUCAUCGCUGGCCAUGGUAUAAUGUCAUUAUGAUGUCACCACCACGUCCCUUUAACACCCCUUCAUGGUGUAAUACAAUCGCCGCUCUCAGGAAAGGUCGUGUUAGGCCAGCGUGUGUGGGCAGACUGACAACCCUGGGAAUGUUUGGAUGAGCUCACACUGUGAACUUGAGGGACAGUGGAUUACAGUUACAGAAAUGUGAUUUCAAAUGUGUGAAAUCAAUACCCCUCUCUGACUCACGCUGUAUCUAUCGGUCGGUCGGUCGGUCCGUCCGUCUGCCUGUCUGUCCAUCUGUCAGUGCCCUGAGCUCUGUUAGGUAUAGAAAGCUGUUGGUGAAGGCUAUACAUGAUCCGGGCCAUUUCGCAGCUUGCCUUUCGAUAACAAAGAUAACUAAAGAUAAAUUAUCUGGAGAUAGAGGGCCGAUGUUGUAUUUUAAGCCAUUUCACAAAGGACUAAACACUUAAGUGUCUCGAGCUGUUUCAGACAGAACAGCUUUUUAAGUUCUCUCAUAGACUCAAACUCAACCACGCAUGUUGUAUGUACUAAGCAGUAUAGCUAAUCAGCCAUGGAAAGUUAGAUAGCAUGUUUCCAUGAGAGAAUCUAACCACACAUAACUUUCAUACAGAAAUCCAUACCACCUGACACAUUAUGACAUCAUCACAGUGUCUAUUUAUUCCCAGAGUAUUCCCGGCCUGGAGUUCUGGAGCAUUUUACAGUCCCAGCUCACAUAGCUGUGUGUUGAUUUACAUGGCUGAGCGGGGGAGGGGUGAGGGUAUUUAUGUACACGUGAACCAUUAGGAGAGAGAAACGUGUGUAUACGAGACAUUGAUUCACCUGGUCUUCUCUCUCUCUUCUCAUUUCAGAUGUGAUUUUGAUGAUACUGCACAGUAUCGUGUUUCUGCCAUGAACAGCAAGGGAGAGCUCUCUACCUUUGCCUCCAUCGUUGUUAAGAGUAUGUUUAUAAAAUAUAGUUCUCAAAGUCUGGUGCCUCCACAAUGAACUAGACAAUAAUCCCCAAUAUCACCCCAUUACUUGGGUGGAGGCACAACGAUUAACCUAUUUUACAGUCUUUCUUAGUGCUGCUUUCACUUGGUCCAGUUUCAAGUCUCCUCUGUGUAAAAUGAUCACAUAUGUUUCUGUUGACUACAACACAGUAAUAACAUGUUAAUAAUAAGUACUUAUGUGUUCAUUCUACUCUAGGAUUCAAAGGAGAGGUAGAGGAGGCUCUCCCAAUGCCCAGACGUAAGUCAGAGGAAUAUAAUUUCAUUGGAAAAAUAUACUCAUUACUCAAUACUCAUAACAUCAAAUACUUUAUUCAUAACCAUCCAUAUGUAUUUAUGGAUGUGGGCAUACCACCUUACUAAACAGUAUUAACAUAACCUAUUCACAUUAUGCUAAACUGGAACACUGUGGUGAGUUGAGGAGGGAGGUGGUGGGGGGGACCUGGGGAUGCUAUGGGUGCUAUUGCACUAACAGCUUUUUUGUUCCCUUGACGCUGGGCGCAGCAAAGUCAACAGACAGCGAAGGUUACGGGGUCACUAAAGCUCUGCUCUGGUUUGAUUACGUUUUGGUCAACUUGGUGCAUUCACUGAGUGUCACUCAAUGUGUAUGCAUGAUCACUAUUAUGUGUAUCUGUUUGGAAAGAUCCUGUGAUAAUACCUUCGUAAUAAUCUUUCAGUUGCCUGGGAAAGACCCACAGAUGGUUCAGCAUGACAAACGUGGCUCUUUUUUUGUCGUAAACAACAGAAUACUUGAACAUUUUGGCAAGUAUGGGUUUUUUGAAAUUGUAUGCAAGUCAUAAAGCCUUGGAAGUUAAAUACUGUAAACUAGAGUGACAUAGAGAAUAUAUAAGUCAUAUAGAGAAAUAUACACUGUAGUUUACAACCUGGAUCGUUGAUUUGAGACUAUAGAUUACUGUACUUAAUUGUUGUUGAUUAGUCACAUCCAUAACCCUUUCUUAAUUCAUAAACAGGUCUUAUUAGAUUGUAAAAUCGGACAGAAGUGGGAUUGAAGUCUUCAACUCCUACUGGGUUUAAUAUGUAAAAUGUGCAUCACUGUCUACUGCAUGAUGUGCCCCCCAGUUUCCCCAGUGCUGUUUGUAGUGACUCUUUGGUGUCUGAACACUGUACUUAAUGAUGUUAAUGGUGUUUUUGUGUUGUCCUUCCGGUACAUUGUCUCCCUGUACACGCCUCUGUCUGUUUGAAGAGCUUUGCCGAAGUCUGUGUGGGGUUAUUUUUAUGUCACUUGCUCUUGGGAGGGGAGGGGUAAAAUGUAAUGCUACUGGAUAAUGUUUAGUUACAUCAUCAAUCAUUCCAAAGUGUCUAAAAUGUAUUUUGUAGCUCAAUAAAGUUACUAUAAAAUGGACAUGAAAUGUGAACACGAGAAAAUGCUACUGGCCAGUGUUUCCCAACUCUAGUCAGUACCCCAACAGUACAUAAUUUUGUUAUAGUCCCGGACAAGCACACCUGAUUCAAUUUGUCAACUAAUUAUCAAGCCCUCAAUGAGUUGAAUUAGGUGUGUUUGUCCGGGGUUACAACACAAAUGUGUCCUGUUGGUGGUACUCGUGGAUUGGAGUUGGGAAACACUGCUAUAGGGGAUACUGACUUUGGUUUUUGGACAGAAAUGCAAAUAAGUUAGCAUUUGGAGACAGUGGCCAGGUAAACAAAACCAAAGCAUGGCUUUGCUGUCUUGCCUUUUCCAUAGACAGUUUACAGGGAAGGAAACCAACGUGUUAAUUUGUAAUUUGGGUGAACUAUCCCUUUAAGGCCAGUUACUUGCUCUUUGUUCGUCCAUCUCUUUGAUUUGAAUAAUAAUGCACACAGGUGUCUGAAGUUGAGGUGUGUCACACAACGCACACUGUUGCAUGAUGGGAACACAAUAGCAACCUGACCUCUAACCCCAUGUUACUUGAUGCGCCUUCCUGUCAGAUGGCCUGGUCUCUGAGUAUGGUAUCACCUUCGAGACCCACAUCGUGGACGGGUUUGGCGUGUCGUUCGGGCGGGAGGGCGAGACCAUGAGCCUGGGCGCCAUGGUCAUCAUCUCCCCCAACCUGGCACGCUACCAGCCCGAGGUGCAGUGGUACAGAGACGGUAGGUGAAGCCCCAGAGCUCUGGGAACUCUUGGCUGAGGUUUAGUAGGUUACGUGGACAGGGAAGAUCUGAUCCUAGAUCAGCAUACCUAUUCUGAGCUGCUUGAUACAUACAUACACCCCUGGGCUAUGGGAUUUAUUUAAGAUACUUCUUGAUGAGGAAGGGCUCUGACGACAUUAGGGCAGAUCUGAUGAUGAUGUCCAGCCAUUAUAACCUUAUCUCUCUCCUUCAGAUGUUCUUCUGCAGCCCUCCAAGUGGUGUCACAUGCACUGGAGUGGAGACAAGGCCACGUUGACCCUGACACACCUGAACAAGGAGGACGAGGGGCUCUACACCCUGCGCAUCACCACCAAGACUAAAUAUGAGACAUAUUCUGCUUACGUCUUUGUCAGAGGUGGGGACCUUACCAUGAGCAAUACUGAACACCACUGCUCUCUGUCACAUUAUCACUCCUCCUCAGUCCAUUACAUGCCUUGUUUACUGAUUCACAAGUUUAACUGAUGUUAUUUUUCACAUUCACAGUGUGUGUGUGCGUAUGUGUGUGUGUGUGUGUGUGUGUAUGUGCGCGUGUGUGUGUGUUUGAGUGCAGACAGUAUGGCCACUUGUUUACCCCCUCUCUGUUUCCAUUGACCUGUCUCAUGUUCUAUAUGGAGUGUGAUUAACAGUUUAUCAAGGUCAAAGUCACACAGAGACCUCAACUGACACCAGAUAACAAUGUUAUCAUGGCCCAUCUGUUUGUUUGUGUGUGUGUGUUCUUAAAUAUAAAUGGCAGUUGAACCAUAGCAGUCUCUGGUUACCUCCACACACAAUGGAACCCAUGCAUUAUGACCAUAGUAGAGUCAAUCAACUCCUGUCACAAUCUCUGGCCUGGUUCUGUAUAACAUGGAAAUAAUGAUGCACACAGACACAGCCAACUUAUUCAUUAAGGUACACUCUUAGAAAAGAAGGCUCUAUUUAGAACCUUAAAUGGUUCUUUGGCUGUCCCCAUAGGAGAACCAUUUCAAGAACCCUUUUUGGUUCCAGGUAGAACCAUUUUGGGUUCCAUGUAGAACAGUGGAGGCUUCUGAGGGGAGGAUGGCUCAUAAUAAUGGCUGAAACGGAGCGAAUGGAAUUGCAAACAUGGAACAGGGAAACCAUGUGUUUGACAUAUUUGAUACCAUUCCACCCAUUCCGCUCCAGCCAUUACCACAAGCCCGUCCUCCCCAAUUGAGGUGCGACCAACCUCCUGUGAUGUAGAACCCUUUCUACAGAGGGUUCUACAUGGAACAUUUGACUGGCAAUGUGUGUGUUCCUGUAUCAGAUGCCGAUGCGGAGGUGGAGGGAGCUCCUGGCGCCCCUCUGGAUGUGAAGUGUCAGGACGCUAAUAAGGAUUACGUCAUCGUGACCUGGAAGCAGCCGGCUGUGGACGGUGGCAACUCCAUCCUGGGCUACUUUGUGGACAGGUCAGUACCAUCACCCAUCACUACAUGCCAGUUCUGGUAGGGCCCCAAACCUUAAAGUUAGGUUUCACAGUGCCACCUGGAUGAGAGACCAGUGGAGUCGAAGGGAAAAUCCUUGGCUUAUUAUGACACAGCUAGGCAAAGGUUUCUCUCCUUUAUAGCACCCCCUGUACUGGGGCGCCAGGUAGCUUAGUGGUUAAGAGCGUUGUCCCAGUAACCGAAAGGUCGCUGGUUCUAAUCCCAGAGCCGACUAGGUGAAAAAUCUGUCGAUGUGCCCUUGAGCAAGGCACUUAACCCUAAUUGCUCCUGUAAGUCCCUCUGGAUAAGAGCGUCUGCUAAAUGACUAAAAUGUAAAUGUAUGCCAUUCACUGCAGUUACAACUGCAAAUAACCUAUAAGAAGAGGGCCAUAAGUUUUUCCUGAUCAUGUGACCUGACCUCUAAAAACCAUGUGACCUUGUGAAAUGACCUUGUAAGGGGCUAUAACAGAGUUUCUCCCAAUCUUACCAAUAGGCCUAACUCUGGGCCUUAUCAAGAAGCCCUUACCAAGUUUGUUAUUGAAUGGCUGAUGGCAUGAAUUCUGUCUCUUUAUGCCCUGUGUUCAGGUGUGAGGUUGGCACCACCCACUGGAGCCAGUGUAAUGACACCCCCAUCAAGUUUGCCCGUUUCCCCGUGACGGGGUUGGUGGAGGGGCGCUCCUACACCUUCCGUGUGCGUGCCGUCAACAAGUCUGGCAUGAGCCGGCCAUCCCGCGCCUCUGAGGUGGUGGCAGCUAUGGAUCCUGCCGACCGCGCACGUAUGAGAGGUAUGGUGGGCACCCCGAUCUGGCAUCUGCCCCUCCCUGUCUGUGUUCUCUCAUAUUGUCUUAUGGUACUACUAAAUUCUUAUAUUGUGAGUAUGUACCUUUGUGAUGUCUGAUGGUUAUAGUGUUAUGCAAUUAUCCUCUUCCCAUGGCCUUCAGGUACCUCUGCACCCUGGACCGGCCAGAUCAUUGUCACUGAGGAGGAGCCUGCAGGUGGGAAGGAAAUGCUUUUGCACUAUUCAAUGAUGAUCAAUACUCUGAUGCGGCUAUGGUUCUAAAAAUACCUACAGUGUUCUUUGAUUGGAAGGAUAAUGAAAGCUUGAGUCUAGAUCGAUAGCCUGGUUGCCAGUCCGUUGCUCUUGCCAACUCCUUAUGGAAUUGUCAUGUUUGGCUUAACAUUGACAAUGGAGCAGGCAAGAGCACAAACAGAUCUGGGACCAGGCUACGAGAUCAAACCCCUGAUACAUUUUCUUUCAUAUUACUUCCUAUCAGAGGGUGUAGUCCCUGGCAGACCCAAAGAACUGGAGGUCACUGAGGCCACCAAGAACUAUGUGGUUCUGAGCUGGAAACCCCCUGGAGAGAGAGGCCACGAGGGCAUCAUGUACUAUGUGGAGAAGGUGAGAAAUAAAUACCUCAUUAACAUCAAAUACCUGAUCUGUAGCGUGAUUCAUCUGAUCAAUAUAACAUUUUAUCACUGUUUCUCUUCCAUAACAACCACCAUAUCAAAGUCAUUCAAUAAGUAAUCAUAAUUCUGUUCUUUUUCAUUUCAAUCUCUAUCUGAAAAUAGAGUAUUAUAUACUGUAGUACUGCAGGUUUGGAGGGUUGGUUUUUGUAGGGUUGGAGACAUACUCUAACUGCUUUGCGUUGCAUUGUGUACUAGUGUGUGUCCGGCACAGACAGCUGGCAGAGGGUGAACACAGAGAUCCCAGUGAAGUCUCCUCGCUUCGCCCUGUUUGACCUGGCUGAAGGGAAGGCCUACAGCUUCCGUGUGCGUUGCUGCAACUCCGCUGGUGUGGGCGAGCCUUCAGAAGCCACCGAGGCCACCACUGUCGGGGACAAGCUGGGUGAGGGGUCACAGGUCACACUUCACACGCCACCUCCACAACCUCCAGCCCUGCAACACGAAUACCUAUGGACCGAAUCCUAAUAUUCUAUACAGUAUGGGAAAAAUUACAAAAAUGUAUCCACUCACUACUGUAAGUUGUUCUGGAUAAGAGCAUCUGCUAAAUGACUAAAAUGUAAAAUAUAAAAUAUACACAUGUAACUCAAACCAUCCUGUACAUCCUACAUUUAGAUCAAUGCAUCUAUACCUCAAGUUAGGAUUCUGCCUAAUGUGCAAUCCCCUCCUUUAUCAGUCUACUUGCGUUCUAGCAAACUAUCUGCAGUGAAAUCUAACUAAACAUGCACUCAUUCAAAAUAGAAUCCUAGUGCUUUCAUUUGAUCUUAGUUCAAUAAACCUCUCCUGUCCCCAGAUAUCCCAUCUGCCCCAGGCCGUGUGGUUCCCACCAGGAACACUGACACGUCCGUGGUGGUAUCCUGGGAGGCUUCCAGGAAUGCUAAGGAGCUGGUGGGAUACUACAUCGAGGCUAGCAUCGUGGGCAGCAAAAAGUUUGAGCCCUGCAACAACAAGCCUGUCAAAGGCACCAGGUACAACGGUCCUCUCUGAUGUUUCAAUAGUUGUUUUACAGAAAUGCUGACCAUAAGUCAAAUUUGGUGUUAAACCGUAAAUGCUGUUGAGCUCAAGACGAUUUCAUCCACUCAAAUGAAAAUGUCCAAAAAUGUAUAAAAAUAAAAUGUCUUUCUCAAAGCGUUUGUGUCCUGGUACUCACAGGUUUAUCUGCCACGGUCUGGUGACAGGAGAGAGCUACGUGUUCAGAGUGAAGGCACUGAACGCCGCUGGGCUCAGCGAGUGUUCUCAGGAGUCUGAGGCUAUUGAGGUGAAGGCUGCUAUUGGUGAGUGAGACAGAGGGUGUCAUGGCACACCCACACAACAGGAUAGGAUGGGAAGUGUUUUUAGGAAGAAUGUGAAGAGCCACAGGCCUAUAAAAGGAACCUAAUUGUUUUAAUGUUUAGAUUAAAUACUAUAAAGUAACCUACAGUAAGGUAUCAUGUUAUGGUAGGACCAGGGAAGCCUCUUAGUUCUAUGGAGAUUUGAUUAUUGAGUCUUAUGCAUAUUCUUUACUGUCGGUAUAUGUCGAUGAUGAAAAAAAGGCCAUGUGUCCACACUGUGUUGUACCGUUGUAUAAUUUUUUUCUGUCCAUCAAGACAUCACGUUAGACUCUGUGUACCAUCAGCAUUAGACUCCUCCCACAUGUUAUUUUCCAUGGUUCCACCAACCCACCCCCCUGUUGAGUCGCAACCUAUCCCCACCCUCCCUGCACAACCUGAGGCCAGGCCAGGGUCAGGAGUUGUAGACGUCCUCUAAUUUGGGUCAGUGCGAUCCAACUCAGCGGUUGUUACAAACCAGCCCACCUUGGUUCCUCUGUCACGCGCUAUCCAUCCCCCCCAACCAACCACCCCCGCCCCUCACCUAUCCUGGGCAUGAGAUGUGUCAGCCACCACCACCCCACCUGGUGUUAAAGGUACCCCCCCCCCUCCACCCAACCACCAAUACCCCUGAUCUGCACUGUGUAUCUGCCCGUUCUACUCACUCUCAUCUGGGAAUAGUAGCACUUGUCCAGGGCAUUAGUGCGUCUUGCGCCUUGCUAACAUUGAGCCGCACUAAUGCCCUGGAAGAGAGCUAGAGAACAGGAAUACUAACCUGACAGGCCUGCUCCUUUACAGUUGUCCCAUAAUGUCAGUUUGCACUGUGACUAACCAGUCACUGGCAAGCUUUGUGCCGAGCAGCAUGCUCUGUUCUCCCUUAUGAAACACACUUAGUAACAAGGUCAAUGGAUUUCUGUCCACAGUCCAUUACAACCAAUAGCAGUUGGUAGACCUAGGGCCUAGACCCAUUAGUGGUAGUGUCUUACACAAUGAAAUAUAAACAACAACAGCCGACGAUGCGGAUGUCGAUUAAGGCAGCCCCCCUCACUUCUCUGGUUGGGUUAAAUGUGGAAGACACAUUUCGGUUGAAUGUAUUCAGUUGUGCAACUGACUAGGUAUCCCCUUUCCCUCCUCUAUUAGUGAACAUUUAGAAUAGAUUAGGAAAUAAUGCUGUACUUAUGGCCAUAGAUCUCAACAAUUUCCAAUAGUUGUCUCCCAUUGAGUGAACAUAUCAGUACAUACACUUGAUCAAUUUAGCCCAUGUAGAGCAUAUAAUAAAAUCCACUGGCACCUUUACUAAAGUAUAGUGUGGCUUUUUCAUGAAGGGUUGGCGCAAAGCCCACACACGCUCACUUUCUCCCCUCACAUGCUCGUACUUUGUCUUUAACUCUGCAAAUUGCUUCCUCACGCAGAUGUCACUUGUUGGCCAUCUUGUCUUCAUUUUUCAUAGUCUGUCCGAUGAAGAUAUUGUACUGUAUUUGAUAUGGUAUUGGUAACAUUUCUUGCUCUCUCUGCCUUACUCUGAGUGUUCUGACUUGUUCUGAUUUGAGCUGUUUGUGAAUGGUUGUUCUUCUCUUUGCCUGUGUAAAAUGGCAUUUGUUUUUCUCUGCUAACUCUUGUAGGGGGCGGUAUUCCUUAUGGUGUGUUGCCGGAGUGGGAGUUACCAAUGGGUGGUAACGUGGGUGGACUAACCGAGCACACGCCACGCUGGACGGGCACGCAUGAGGCCGUUCAGUACCCCCCUUACACUACGCUAAAGCGCAAUGCUCAGACUGAAAGUGUGCCUGUGGCAGGGGCUAGGGCAGGGGCAGGGGGCCACUAGCUCAAGCCCCUCAGGCUCCUGGCAGUAAAGACAAGGGAGGCAGUGUGACCUGGGCCCCUGACCUGGUCACAGACUUGGUCAUAGAGCCGGCCAAGACCACGGAUGAGGUUAAAGAGCAGGCAAAGGUGUCUGUGGCCGGGCAAACACGUAAGUCCUCUGUAGAUGCUUCAGCCAAACGGGGGACAGAGAAAGAAUCAGCCCACAACGUGGGCUGGCCCAGGACAGACUCAGACCCAGGUGAGAACAGUGACAUUUUAGUCAUUUAGCAGACGCUUUUAUCCAGAGCAACUUACUAGUAGUGAGUGCGUACAUUUUUAUACUGGUUCCCCAUGGGAAUCGAACCCACAACCCUGGUGUUACAAGCACCAUGCUCUACCAACUGAGCGACACGGGACUAUACUUAGUCAGGCCACUCCAACCCAUAUAUCCUCAAAUCCUCCAAAACAAAACAACUCUUUAUUUCCCCCCCCAAAGGAUUUGUGUUCCUUUUUUAAACUGUUUUUUUUCUACACUUUUUUUUCUGGAAUUGUGAAACAUUUUUUAUCACUUUGGUAAGAAGGUAGAAAACUAUUUUGAAAAAGGAAUCUGCCACUGUAAUAUUAGUAUAGUGAUCAAAUCAAAUCAAAUGUAUUGGUCACAUACACAUGGUUAGCAGAUGUUAUUGCAAGUGUAGCGAAAUGCUUGUGCUUCUAGUUCUGACAGUGCAGCAAUAUCUAGCAAGUAAUAUCUAACAGUUCUACAACAAAAACCUAAUACACACAAAUCUAAGUAAAGGAAUGGAAUAAGAAUAACACUUUGAACGUAUGUGGUUCUACUGUAAUAUUCACAGGUAAGUCAUUAAAACACAAUACAAGUUCAGUUUUUAUCCGAAGGUACAUUUCUAUAACAGCUUUCUCAGGUUUAACUAAACAGUCACGCAGCCUUUCAGGCAAUCUACUGGCCACCUCUAGCACAGGGCUGCUUCACACACACAGGGGGGCUUUUGGUCCCCCCUCCACACGUGUUCCGGCACUGUGCUGACCACCUCUCAACUUACUGUAGCCUGGCUGGCUCACACACAGUCACCUUGAGAGAUCAGUGCACAUUAACACACACAGACACCGUGACACAGCUGGAGCUAGCCUAUCACGGCUUGUCUCUGAAGUGGGUCAGCCAAUCACAAGCCAGAAAUGGACACCUAUGACCUGAGACCUUUUUGGUGGUGUACUUCCAAGUCAGAUUCUUCGACAUACCCCCUCCCCCAAAUUAUGGAGAACGCCAUGUCCAUGUGACUAUUUGUGUGACAGGUCAAUUUAUUGUAUGUAAUGUUAUCCAGUCAGCUGUGUGCACCCCCUCUAUCGAAGACGACACCGAAGACCAGCCACUGAGAUCAUAGGUGUCCUCACAGCUCCUGUGGCUAAAAUAGUUUGUCCCAUGUCUGUUCAGUCCAGGUCUCUGAAAUGUGUCCCCAUAAUUCUGUCAAUGUAUUAUGACUUAGUGUCUGGUUGAACCAUAGCUUAAGGUGAAAGGUUAAGGGUUAAAGGUGCAGACAGUAGUGUCUUAUAGAAAGUAUUGGUGACACAAACUGUAUGGCAUUAGCUGUUGUACCUUAAUAAUAUUAACUAACAUUUAAAAGAACUUUGAACCAGCCCACUGGUUGAAUCAACGUUGUUUCAUUUAAAUUAAAUUACGUGGAAUAGACGUUGAAUUGAAGUCUGUGCCCAGUCGAAUGUUCAGAAAUGUACAAGGGAAUGAUUGCCCAAUACUUGCUCUAAGAAAACCGAAUGUUAGCAGGUCUAAGUGAUGGAAGACACAGCAUGAUGCUAACUGGAGUCCUCUGCUGUUCCAGCGUCCCCUACUCCACCCUAUGGCAUCAGCAUUCUGGAGUGCGUGCGGGACUCUAUGGUGUUGGCCUGGAAGCAACCCACCUUCAUCGGAGGUGCUGACAUCACCGGCUACUUCGUGGACUACCGUGAGGUCAUCAAUGGGGUGCCAGGGAAGUGGCACGAGGCCAACGUCAAGGCUGUCAGCGAUCGAGCCUACCGAGUGAGUCAGCCGUUUUGUUUCUUUGGGAUUUAGCUAUCCUCUUUAACCUGAAUUUUCAGCCACCUUUUGUCGUAUCGGGAGAAAAGGGAGAAUGAUUUUUCACUGUCUGUCCAGGUGUCCGACUUGAAGGAGAACAGGAAGUACCAGUUCCAGGUGCGCGCUGCCAACAUGGCAGGUGUGGGCAUCCCGUCUCUGCCCAGUGAGACGUUUGUCUGUGAGGAGUGGACCAUUGCUGUGCCAGGUGGGUAGUGCCACUAACAUUCACUUGCAAACCUGAGCAAGUAUGAGAAUUACACUUUAACAUAUAACAAUCAAUUACACAUCACAGUACAAGUUAUACUGUGUGUGUCAAAAAAAGAAAUAAUAUACUUUUAUUAUUGUGGUAAUGGUCUGUUGAAGCAUGCAUGCACAGCAAAAUUAUUUAUGUACAUUGCAUUGUCUAUGAGUGUGUCCCAAAUGGCAGCCCUAUGGCCCCUGGUCAAAAGUAGUGCACUACAAAGGGAAUAGGGUGCUAUUUGGGACACUAGCCUAUGUUAUGUCAUGUGUUCUUCAACUCUGAACCUAAUUACCCCUAAUUUUCCACAGGACCUCCCCAUGAUCUGCAGGUGACAGAGGUGCGCGCCAACACUCUGGUGUUGCUCUAUAAGCCACCAGUGUACCAGGGCCGUGACCCAGUCAACGGAUUCUACAUUGACAUUAAGGAGGCUGAUGCUGAGGAGGAGGCCUGGAGAGGAGUCAAUGAGAAGGCUGUCUCCACUAACUACAUGAAGGUCAGGACCCUAUCCACUCCUAUCGCUCCAGGGUAAAGUUUCCCCUGUAACAGAUCGAAGAUCCGCUUCCCCCUCCCCCAAUACUAACCUUAACCAUUAGUGUUGAAAAUGCUAAACUGACCCAGGAUCAGUGUCUAGGGGCAACUACACCAUUUCUAUCCACUUAGUCAAUCAUACCAUUGAGCAGACAUUCUAAUUCAGAAUUUGAAUCCAGAUUGUGUGAUGCAAUAUGGUGACAUAUUCUACUUGUAAAUGGGAUGUGAUUGGUGGAGGUGUUUGUCAUUUAGAGGGUGUGUCAUGCGUGUAAAGGGAUUUUCAACACUACUCAAAUCACAUUUUAUUUGUCACAUACACGUGUUUAGCAGAUGUUAUUGCGGCUGUAGCGAAAUGCUUGUGCUUCUAGCUCCGACAGUGCAGUAAUAUCUAAUCUGCUUUCCUAUGUGAGAAAGUUUGUCUCCGUAGUAACAUAUUUGAUGUAUGUGACUAACAUGUCUAUAAUGUGACUCUUUCUUCCAUGAACAGAUUAAGAUUCUAAAGGAGGGGGAGACCUAUGUGUUCCGUGUGCGUGCUCAGAAUAAGGCAGGUGUAGGAAAGGCCUCUGAGCCCACAGAACCAGUCCUGGCCGAAAUCAAACCAGGUAGGACCAUGUUAAAGACCCCUCAACAGAGAAAGACAUUGUUAUACAAGUAAAGCCAUACCUUUAAUAUUUGUGUAUAUUUGUGUAUAUUUGUGUGUUCUAUGAGUCUCCAGCCAUAUUUGACUCUUGUUGUAUUCUCUCUCAGGCACUACGGAGAUUGUUGUGGACGUUGAUGAUGAUGGAGUGAUCUCCAUGAACUUUGCCUGCUCAAACCUGACUCCAGACUCCAAAUUUGUGUGGUCCAAGAACUACGAAGAGAUCACUGAUGAAACCCGCAUUACUGUGGCAACCAGUGGGGAGAAGUGAGUGCGUGUGUGUGUCUGAGCGUGCGCGUGCGUGAAAGAAUAUAAGGUUAAUGUUUCUACAGUAGCCUGUGUUAAUUGUCUGCCCUCAGGUCCAAGGCCAUCUUUAACAUGCCUGCUGAGGAUGACAUCGGCAUUUACUCUUGUGCUGUCACCCACACCAAUGGCGAUUCCUCCAGCUACACCCUCUCAGCAGAGGGUGAGUCCCAUUGUGUGUCCGUGGUACUGUAGCACUGUCCACGUUACUGUGCUGACCACGCUAUCACUUUGGAAGCUAACUUAGCAGGCUAAGAGGUUAGCAGAGCUCCAUUGCUCCUGGUGUCAUUUCUACUUUCUAAUCUCUGAUUAAUCUUUGUGUCCUUUUUUGACAGAGUUGAAAAAACUGCUGGAGAUGAGCCAUGACCACAAAUUCCCCAGUAAGUAACAUAUUAUUACCGACGUUCCCCAUUUUUUUCAUUGUUUAUUAUUACAUGCUCCUCCGUCCCUGCUCUCACGUACUGUUGCUCUCUCCUUCUUUUUCCCUCUCCAGUUAUUCCCUUGAAGACCGAGCUGGCUGUGGAGCUGCAGGAGAAGGGCAGAGUUCGCUUCUGGCUGCAGGCUGAGAAGAUCUCUGCUAAUGGCAAAAUACAAUAUGUGUUUAACGACAACACUCUCUCCCAGGGAGAGGUAAGUAGGCACACUUUGGGACUGAAAUAAAAAUACUCUCCGACAUGCUUCUAAAAGAGGUCCUCUGACCUUAGACUUCUUGGAUAAAUAAAUAAAUAAAUAAAAUGAAACUACUGUAAUUCAUGUUCAGGUAAAGUAUAUUAGACAACACUGAAAAGGCUCUGUCUAUGGCCUUUGCUUUUCAGAAAUACAAGAUGAACUUUAACAAGGACACAGGUGUGAUUGAGAUGACCAUGGAGUCUCUGCUCCCAGAGGAUGAGGGAACCUUCACCUUCCAGCUCCAGGAUGGCAAAGCCACCAACCAGUCCAGCCUGGUGCUGAUUGGAGAAGGUAGGAUUAACUCCGCCCCUCCUUUUCUCCUCCUCCUAUCACCUUCCAUCAUUCUCACGCUCUCCUCUUGCCUGAGUGCCAGUUAGUUAGUGCUAUCAUGCCAACUCCUUGUCACUCAUUGUUAUGCCUUGACAAGGACAGCAAUGGAGUAGGCAAUAGCACAGACAGAUCUGGGACCAGUCUAACGCCCAUCUGUUAUAAAGAAAAAACAAGCCCCACUAUGGCUCAGAAGUUAGAUCUUAACAUAUUCCACUAGGGGGCAGUAAAAGAUUACUAGGAACCAUGAAUGAAUGAACCACAUACAAAUGUAUGAAACAUUUAUUUGAUUAGAUAAUAUCCACGUCAAUGUACAAAACACAUCAUAGAUGAAUGUGAUUGUAGAUAAAGUUUUGUUUCCUAAUCAGGAAUCGUGUGUUUUUCCAGUGUUCAAAGAGCUCCAAAAGGAGUCUGAGUUCAUGUGCAAAGAAUGGCACAGAAAGCAAGGUAUGGGAUUUUUAUUUAAUUAAGAAAAUAGAAUAGUGCUAUGUUAUGAUACAAUAUUGGAGACUACUGAAUAAUUCCUGCUUUGUUUUUCUUUUGCAGGUCCUCAUUUUGUUGAGUACUUGAGUUAUGAAGUGACCACAGAAUGCUGUGUUUUCCUGAAAUGCAAGGUAGGAAAAGAAUACACAAAGUGAUGCAUGUGUAUGGGUUUUAUGAAAAUACUUUUUAGACCACUGUGCAGCUGAACAACAUCUGGACAACAACCUGAACAUUGUAUCUCUCUUUCGCCUCCCGCAGGUUGGGAACAUAAAGAAGGAGACUGUUGCACUGUGGUACAAGGAUGGGCGUGAGGUCAAGGGAGAUGAGAAUCUCACCUUCACCGAGGGAGUGCUCAAACUGGAGAUUGCUCAGGUGAGAGGAAUUAUAAAGUUGUUUCAUGCACAUCAUACAUUAGAAAUUACAGCACUAUAAGACCGUAUUGCAGAACACCUGUCUUUAGAGUUUAGAGAGUAUUGUUUUGCAGAUUACUGUAGACUAUAUGAAUUGCUUUUGUAUACAGUAUAGGCUAGAUAAAGGUAGGAAAAUAUGAUAUAUUACAAUGGAUUAUACGGCACAUGUAUUAACAUACUAUAUGUAUUGACUGUUUUGUGAUAUGUUACACAAACAUUAUUAUGUGCUGUUCAUUUGCAUACUGUAUGUAACUAUGAAACUGUAUCAUCAUUGCACAUCUCUGUUUAUGUUCAUAUAUGAUAAAUAUAUGUUCCUCACACAUCAUGGAUACUAUCUUCUGGCUACAAGAUUAGUUGGUGGUAAAUUGAGCAUAAGGUGGUCUAAAGAGGUUGUGACCUUGUGAAAAGUUAUCUUACAGUAAUCUUAAAGAAUGUCUUUAUACAAUAGCCUAAUAUCUCACUCUUAACUGAAUUCAUCAACAUUUCUCUCAUUUCCAGUCACAGCAUCUAACCCAACCCUAUGAGGGGCUAGCUAUGUGUUUUAUGGAGAAUAAUGCAUGACGUGGAAGGUGAAGCAUUAUUUUCCAGAGAACGUAUAGAUCCCUGAGUUGAUUAUCCUGCUUAUACCACGCUAUAAUGUAACACAUUUGCUGCUAGAAAUGUGUUCAACAUCCACUGUAGCUAGCAAUUUUACUAGAUAGCUACAGUAGUUGCCUUGGUAACCAAACAAACAGACUUGCUAGUUUAGCUAACCAAACCAUCAGUCCUUGCUAUAGAGGGGUUGGCUAACAAAAUCACUAAAAUGAUGCGUGCCUGCGCAUCAAUGAGGCAGAAAGCCAUGUGGUGUUAUGAUUCUGAACUGUCAGAUAGCUAGCAAAAAUGACAAUAAGUUGCUAUGUGGGGAAUCGUUGGUGGUUCGUUUCAGCUAGUUGUAUCUUGUUAUUGAUACCAUGUCGUGUUUUGACUCAUGUCAUGUCUAUGCUAAUAAUAUGGAAAAGAUUCACUAGCUAGUUAACCAACAACCGUAACAAUGUGCAAAUGUAUUUAUGUUUUCAAUAAACGUUUGGAGAAGAAAUAUAGUUUACAUGUUGUCAACAAUCUAAGCUAACCCCGUCAGAAUUCAACAAUAUUACAAUUAUUGAUCUUAACAUCUUCAGAUAUCAGCGAUUCUGACAGAUUUUUGGGCAAAUUCUUACCAUACUUCAGUAAAUAAUUUAACAUCUUUAUAUCUGGCACACCUGGCUCAUUUGGUUGUGUAUUCUACAUCAUAAUGAACAUUUUAAGAUAUUAUUGGGCAUACUACAAUUAUAUUUCAUACAGAUAUGGUCCAAUAAGACCCCAUUGAGAUGUUUGGUGGCCAUAUUGGAAAAAGGCUUCUGUGGGGUUAAUGCAUGAAUCCUGCAAUGGCCAUGUACCUACAAAUCUGUGUGUGUGCAAUUAGCUGCUUCUAUCACCAAAGUUACAAUCCAUAAACAUAGACUAUAUACUGAACAAAAAUAUAAAUGCAACAUGUAAAGUGUUGGUCCCAUGUUUCAUGAGCUGAAAUAAAAGAUCCCUGACAUUUAUUUAUAUUUUUUUUAUUUCACCUUUAUUUAACCAGGUAAGCCAGUUGAGAACAAGUUCUCAUUUACAACUGCGACCUGACAUUUUCCAUACGCACAAUUUUUUUUACAUCCCUGUUAGUGAGCAUUUCUCCUUUGCCAAGAUAAUCCAUCCACCUGACAGGUGUGGCAUAUCAAAAAGCUGAUUAAACAGCAUGGUCAUUACACAUGUGCACCUUGUGCAGGGGACAAUACAAUGCACUCUAAAAUGUGCAGUUUUGUCACACAACACAAUGCCACAGAUGUCUCAAGUUUCGAGGGAGCGUGCAAUUGGCAUGCUGACUGGAGGAAUGUCCACCAGAGCUGUUGCCAGAUAAUUUAAUGUUAAUUUCUCUACCAUAAGCCACCUUCAACGUCAAUUUAGAGAAUUUGGCUGUGCGGCUUCACAACCGUAGACCACGUGUAACCACGUCAGCCCAGGACCUCCACAUCCGGCUUCUUCACCUGUGGGAUCAUCUGAGACCAGCCACCCUGACAGCUGAUGAAACUGAGGUGUAUUUCUGUCUGUAAUAAAGCCCUUUUGUGGAGAAACACUAAUUCUGAUUGGCUGGGCCUAUGCUCUCCCAGGCCCACCCAUGGAUGCGCCCCUGCCCAUUUAUGUGAAAUUCAUAGAUUAGGGCCUAAUGAAUUUAUUUCAAAUGACUGGUUUCCUUAUAUGAACUGUAACUCAGUAAAAUCGUUGAAAUUGUUGCGUUUAUAUUUUGUUCAAUGUACAGUACCAAUCAAAAGUUUGGACACACCUACUCAUUCAAGGGUUUUUCUUUCUUUUUACUAUUUUCUACAUUGUAGAAUAAUAGUGAAGACAUCAAAACUAUGAAAUAACACAUAUGGAAUCAUGUAGUAACCAAAAACGUUUUAAACAAAUCAAAAUAUAUUUCAGAUUCUUCAAAUAGCCACCCUUUGCCUUGAUGACAGCUUUGCACACUCUUGGCAUUCUCUCAACCAGCUUCACCUGGAAUGCUUUUCCAACAACUUUUCCGUCACGCUGCCGUCCGACUCAUCCCAAACAUCUCAAUUGGGUUGAAGUCUGGGGAUUGUGGAGGCCAGGUCAACUGAUGCAGGACUCCAUCACUCUCCUUCUUGGUAAAAUAGCCCUUACACAGCCAAGAGGUGUGUUUUGGGUCAUUGUCCUGUUGAAAAACCCACUAAGCCCAAACCAGAUGGGAUGGCAUAUCGCUGCAGAAUGCUGUGGUAGCCGUGCUGGUUAAGUGUGCCUUGAAUUCUAAAUAAAUCACACUGUCACCAGCAAAGCACCUCCACACCAUAACACCUCCUCCUCCAUUUUUUACGGAGGGAACUACACAUGCGGAGAUCAUCCGUUCACCCACACUGCGUCUCACAAAGACACAGCGGUUUAAACCAAAAAUCUCCAAUUUGGACUCCAGACCAAAAUACAAAUUUCCACCGGUCUAAUGUCCAUUGCUCGUGUUUCUUGGCCCAAGCAGGUCUCUUCUUAUUAUUGGUGUCCUUUUAGUAGUGGUUUCUUUGCAGCAAUUCGAACAUGAAGGCCUGAUUCACACAGUCCCCUCUGAACAGUUGAUGUUGAGAUGUGUCUGUGACUUGAACUCUGUGAAGCAUUUAUUUGGGCUGCAAUUUCUGAGGCUGGUAACUCUAAUGAACUUUUCCUCUGCAGCAGAUAUAACUCUGGGUCUUCCAUUCCUGUGGCGGUCCUCAUGAGAGCCAGUUUCAUCAUAGCGCUUGAUGGUUUUUGUGACUGCACUUGGAAGAAACUUUCAAAGUUCUUGAAAUGUUCCGUGUUGACUGACCUUCAUGUCUUAAAGUAAUGAUGGACUAUCGUUUCUCUUUGCUUAUUUGAGCUGUUCUUGCCAUAAUAUGGACUGGGUCUUUUACCAAAUAGAGCUAUCUAUCUUGUCACAACACAACUGAUCGUCUCAAACGCAUUAAGAAGGAAAGGUUAACUUUUAAGAAGGCACACCUGUUAAUUGAAAUGCAUUCCAGGUGACUACCUCAUGAAGCUGGUUGAGAGAAUGCCAAGAGUGUGCAAAGCUGUCAUCAAGGCAAAGGGUAGCUAUUUGAAGAAUCUCAAAUAUAAAAUAUAUUUUGAUUUGUUUAACACUUUUUUGGUUACUACAUGAUUCCAUAUGUGUUAUUUCAUAGUUUUGAUGUCUUCACUAUUAUUCUACAAUGUAAAAAAUAGUACAAAUUAAGAAAAACCCUUGAAUGAGUAGGUGUGUUCAAACUUUUGAUUGGUAGUGUGUAUAUAUAUAUAUACACCUUACCUAAAUACUUAAAAUGUAUUAUACUACAUUUCAACAUUACAACACUAUUCUCACAAAAAAAAUCUCUCUAGCAUACCAUAUUUCACAGAUUUUUCUAAUCUGUAUUAUAAAAUCUGUUUUGUGUCUUUUAUAUCACAUGUUCCUCUGUAGGCUAAUUCACCAGUUUUUCACCCUACAUCUGUCUCCAUAGUCUUCAUCUACAUCCCUGUGUGUAGUCCAAUGUGCGUGUCAUCAAAAGUGGCACAGCGUGUGCAUGUGUGACAAGUGUCGUGCCUUAGCCUUAGCAUUGUUGAAUGUAAACAUGUCACGUCCUAUUAUAGCGUGAUGCUCCCUCCUCCUGCAGCCUCAUGCUCCUGCAGCCGUAGCGACAUACCUAGUCUGCAGCCGUAGCGACAUACCUAGACAAUUCCCUCGAGGACCUUAUCUGGAGAAUACUCAAAGUUGGGAUCAGUGUUAUCUGUCAACAUAAGUGAUAAUUCCGCCAUCUUCUUGGUUUUUCUGUUUUGAGAAUGUUUUUUUGCUUUUGCGUCCUAUAAAUGUGUGUCCUGCAGCACCCAUAGCAUAGCUUGUCUUUUCGCUUGAGAUUUUAAUUUUCUUCCUUUACAAAAUGGCGGCUGUGCGUUUUUAUAUGUGUCUCUCAAACCUGGCCUUCUCUUAUAGAUCUCAAAGAAGGAUGCCGGUGUCUAUGAGAUUGUUAUGAAGGAUGACAGAGGGAAGGACACAUCUACGUUGAACCUGACAGAACAAGGUGACUAACCCCUCAAAGCCAUACCUCAUUGUGUGUACAGUAACGCCACAACAAGUCUACAUCAUUUUUACGAAGUUAUGUCAUUUCUGUUCUCCAGGUUUCAGAGACUUGAUGAAUGAAGUGUUCAGUCAUAUCGGUAAGUACAUAUGUCUCACUGCAGUAGUAGAAGCAUCAUCUUAAGUUCUACUUGUGUUCAAAACAUCCCUAAAGUAUCCCGCUGUAAUGUUGCACUGUGUAACUUCUUCUCUGUAAUGUUGCACUGUGUAACGUCUCUGUAACCUCCGCUAGCCAACUCCUCCACUGCACUGAAGAUCCAGAGCACAGAGGAGGGCAUCAGACUGUACUCCUUUGUCAGCUACUACAACGAAGCACUCCAGGUCACCUGGCACCACAAGUGUGUACUGCCCUUACUUCCGUGUGUUUAUGUUUGUGUGUGUCAGUGGAGGCUGGUGGGAGGAGCUAUAGGAGGACGGGCUCAUUGUAAUGGCUGGAAUGGAAUAAUUGAGACCGAGUCAAACGCGGUUCCCAAAUGUUUGAUGUGUUUGAUACCGUUCCAUUUAUUCCAUUCCAGCCAUUACAAUGAGCCCUGACCAUCUAUAGCUCCUCCCACCAGCCUCUGGUGUGUGUGCGCAUGUAGCACAUGAAGACUUACUCCUCAGCCUGAAGUGUCCCCACUUGCACUGCAGAAUAGCUAGCUUUUUGGUGGCGCCGACCUGGUAAGACGCUUUGGGAGGUCGGUCACGUGUGCUAGCAAGGCAGAGGUCUUGGGUUUCGAGGCUCGGUGUGAGGUGAAUCAGGAGGAAACGGUACUCGCUAAGCAAGCAGCAUGAUGUCAGUUACAGAUAAUGCCAUGACCCGGAUCUGCAGUUGUCCUCAGCUCAACACUGGGGCCGCUGUGUUGUAAGUUUGGGGGGGCUGAAUGUAGCGCAUGGAGAUGUUUGAAACUUACUCCUCAGCCUGAAGUGUCCCCACUUGCACUGCAGAAUAGCUAGCUUUUCGGUGUCGCCCACUGGUAAGACGCUUCUGGAGGGCGGUCACGUGUGCAAGCAAGGCAGAGGUCCGGGGUUUGAGCCUUGGUGUGAGCCGAAGCAGUACUCGCUAAGCAAGCAGCGUUAUGCGCGUGUCUGCAUGUGUGAGUAUGUUUGCAAGUAAAUUUAACUGUCAGGUGUGUGUCGUCUGUUUGAUGCAGCCUAUAUGUGUGUAAGUCAGUGAUCUGUUUUCCUCUCUCGUAGGGAUUCAGCGAUAGCCUUCACAGAUCGCAUUAAGAGUGGUGUGGUGGGAGAGCAGCUGUGGCUACAGAUCACAGAGCCCACAGAGAAAGACAAGGGCAAAUACGCCAUUGAGUUCCAUGAUGGGAAAGGCGGUCUGAAGAGGACUGUGGAGUUGGCCGGCCAGGGUGAGACUACAUCUGCUUCCCAAAUCGCACCCUAUAUUCCCUAUAUAGUGCUCUAAUUUUGACAAGGGCCCGUAAGGCUCUGGUCAAAAGAAGUGCACUAUGUUGGGAAUAGGGUGUCAUUUUGGAUAUGGCCUACAUCUACAUGUUUGAAUUAGGCAGCUUCUCCCCUUCACUAAUGCUUUGAUAGGCUUACUAACCUCCUCUUUCUCUUGCAGCAUUUGACGACGCAUAUGCUGAAUUCCAGAGGCUCAAGUAAGUGACCUACAAUUUGUGAAUUUUUGUACAUGGCAGAUGUGUCAGUAAGUACUCUUUACACCUGUCCUUCUUUUCAUCUAAUUGCUAUUUUUGGUGUUUCAGCCACUCUCUUUGUGCAUGUAUGUAUGUAUGUAUGUAUGUAUGUAUAUAUAUGUAUGUGUGUGUAUAUAUAUAUAUAUAUAUAUAUAUAUAUAUAUAUAUAUAUAUAUAUAUAUAUAUAUAUAUAUAUAUAUAUAUAUAUAUAUAAAUACAACUCAGCAAAAAAAAGAAACGUCCCUUUUUCAGGACCCUGUCUUUCAAAGAUAAUUCGUAAAAAUCCAAAUAACUUCACAGAUCUUCAUUGUAAAGGGUUUAAACACUGUUUCCCAUGUUUGUUCAAUGAACCAUAAACAAUUAAUGAAUAUUAAGACACUACCAGCUUACAGACGGUAGGCAAUUAAGGUCACAGUUAUGAAAACACUAAAGAGGCCUUUCUAUUGACUCUGAAAAACACCUAAAGAAAGAUGCCCAGGGUCCCUGCUCAUCUGCGUGAACGUGCCUUAGGCAUGCUGCAAGGAGGCAGGAGGACUGCAGAUGUGGCCAGGGCAAUAAAUUGCAAUGUCCGUACUGUGAGACGCCUAAGACAGCGCUAUAGGGAGACAGGACGGACAGCUGAUCAUCCUCGCAGUGGCAGACCACGUGUAACAACACCUGCACAUGAUCGGUACAUCCGAACAUCACACUUGCGGGACAGGUACAGGAUGGCAACAACAACUGCCCAAGUUACACCAGGAACGCACAAUCCCUCCAUCAGUGCUCAGACUGCAAUAGGCUGACAGAGGCUGGACUGAGGGCUUGUGGGCCUGUUGUAAGGCAGGUCCUCACCAGACCUCACCGGCAACAACGUCGCCUAUGGGCACAAACCCACUGUUGCUGGACCAGACAGGACUGGCAAAAAGUGCUCUUCACUGACAAGUCGCGGUUUUGUCUCACCAGGGGUGAUGGUCGGAUUCGUGUUUAUCGUCAAAGGAAUGAGCGUUACACCGAGGCCUGUACUCUGGAGCGGGAUUGAUUUGGAGGUGGAGGGUCCGUCAUGGUCUGGGGCGGUGUGUCACAGCAUCAUCGGACUGAGCUUGUUGUCAUUGCAGACAAUCGCAACGCUGUGCGUUACAGGGAAGACAUCCUCCUCCCUCGUGGUACCCUUCCUGCAGGCUCAUCCUGACAUGACCCUCCAGCAUGACAAUGCCACCAACCAUAAUGCUCGUUCUGUGCGUGAUUUCCUGCAAGACAGGAAUGUCAGUGUUCUGCCAUGGCCAGUGAAGAGCCCGGAUCUCAAUCCCAUUGAGCACGUCUGGGACCUGUUGGAUCGGAGGGUGAAGGCUAGGGCCAUUCCCCCCAGAAAUGUCCGGGAACUUGCUUGGUGGAAGAGUGGGGUAACAUCUCACAGCAAGAACUGGCAAAUCUGGUGCAGUCCAUGAGGAGGAGAUGCACUGCAGUACUUAAUGCAGCUGGUGGCCACACCAGAUACUGACUGUUACUUUUGAUUUUGACCCCCCCUUUGUUCAGGGACACAUUAUUCCAUUUCUGUUAGUCAGCUUGUUCAGUUUAUGUUUCAGUUGUUGAAUCUUGUUAUGUUCAUACAAAUAUUUACACGUUAAGUUUGCUGAAAAUAAACGCAGUUGACAGUGAGAGGACGUUUCAUUUUUUGCUGAGUAUGUGUAUAUAUAUAUAUAUAUAUAUAUAUAUAUAUAUAUAUAUAUAUAUAUAUAUAUAUAUAUAUAUACACACACACAGCUCUGAAAAAAAUUAAGAGACCACUGCAAAUUUUUCUUAAAUCAGCAUCUCUACAUGUAUGACAGCCAUUCCAUUCCAGUGUCUGUUGAAUUCCAACACAGGCACACCUCAUUCUACUGAAUUAGGUACUGAUUAGGUGAUCACCUGAAAAGUAUAAAAACCACUGCUGUGGUCAUCACUAUCCUCUUGCAAUAGGACCAGCUGGAUGGCAAAAACAGUGCUAAUAGUAUCUCAAAAGUAAUAUUAAUCAAAAAAUAACUAUUGACCAUGUCAAAAGAGUUGAAAAGGAAAGUUUUGAGUGAGGAAAAGAAGGGUUCAAUUCUGGCUUUACUGGCAGAGGGAUACAGUGAGCGUCAGGUUGCUUCCAUCCUUAAAAUUUCAAAGACGGCGGUUCAUAAGAACAAGGUCAAGCAGCAGACAUUGGGGACAACAAAGCUACAGACCGGCAGAGGGCGAAAACAACUCUCUACUGACCGGGAUGACCGCCAACUCAUUUGAAUGUCACUCAACAACCGUAGGAUGACAUCAAGUGACCUACAAAAAGAACGGCAAACGGCAGCUGGGGUAAAGUGCACGGCGAGGACGGUUCGAAAGAGGCUCCUAGGGGCAGGGCUGAAGUCGUGCAAAGCUAGAAAAAAGCCCUUCAUCAAUGAAAAGCAAAGGAAGCCAGGCUGAGGUUUGCAAAAGACCAUAAGGAUUGGACCAUAGAGGACUGGAGUAAGGUCCAAUUUUCAGCUUUGCCCAACACCUGGUCGUCUAAUGGUUAGACGGAGACCUGGAGAGGCCUACAAGCCACAGUGUCUCGCACCCACUGUGAAAUUUGGUGGAGGAUCGGUGAUGAUCUGGGGGUGCUUCAGCAAGGCUGAAAUCGGGCAGAUUUGUCUUUGUGAAGGACGCAUGAAUCAAGCCACGUACAAGGUUGUCCUCGAAGAAAACUUGCUUCCUUUUGCUCUGACAUUGUUCCCCAACUCUGAGGAUUAGUUUUUCCAGCAGGACAAUGUGCCAUGCCACACAGCCAGGUCAAUCAAGGUGUGGAUGGAGGACCACCAGAUCAAGACCCUGUCAUGGCCAGCCCAAUCUCCAGACCUGAACCCCAUUGAAAACUUCUGGAAUGUGAUCAAGAGGAAGAUGGAUGGUCACAAGCCAUCAAACAAAGCCGAGCUGCUUGAACUUUUGCACCAGGAGUGGCAUAAAGUCACCCAACAUCAAUGUGAAAGACUGGUGGAGAGCAUGCCAAGACGCAUGAAAGCUGUGAUUGAAAAUCAGGGUUAUUCCACCAAAUAUUGAUUUCUGAACUCUUCCUAAGUUAAAACAUUAGUAUUGUGUUGUUUAAAAAUGAACAUGAACUUAUUUUCUUUGCAUUAUUCGAGGUCUGACAACACUCCAUAUUUUUGGUUAUUUUGACCAGUUGUCAUUUUCUGCAAAUAAAUGCUCUAAAUGACAAUAUUUUUAUUUGGAAUUUGGGAGAAAUGUUGUCAGUAGUUUAUAGAAUAAAACAAAAAUGUUAAUUUCACCCAAACACAUACCUAUAAAUAGUAAAACCAGAUAAACUUAUAUUUUUGCAGUGAUCUCUUAAUUUCUUCCAGAGCUGUAUAUAUAGCAGGCAGUCUUUGACAGGAUUUGAUGAAGGGAAGUGGGUAGACAGAUGAAUUCUAUACUUAGACAUGCUUCCUGGCUCCAAACACAUUCUCUGCAUUUGUUUCUCUUAUCUUUGUUCUUCAAUCUGUUCUGUUUCUUCCAUUGUCAGAGCGGCCGCAAUUGCAGAGAGAAGUAAGUUCUCACUCACUCACACCUCAACUUUUAAAAACGUUAUUAUAAGAUGGGGUUGAGAGGGCUGCUCUCCGUAUUUUAGUGGGUACUGAUAUUUUCAAACUGAUCUGACGUCAGUGGCCUAAUUUGGUGCUCUUUGUUUCAGAUCGUGCUCGUGUGGCGGGAGGCCUGCCUGAUGUUGUCACCAUACAGGAGCUCAAGGUAACCAUGUCUGGAUGGAUCUGUAUCUGUCUAUGUAUGUCCACAGUCCCAAACUGGCCAUGCAGGCUUGAUAGUGAAUGACACUACUACGGCUGCAUCUGAAAUAGUACCUGUAAUAGGGAUUUUCAAAGUGAAUAAAAGAGCAGAGCAAUCGCAGAUAGACAAUCAAAAUCAAUCUGGUUUAAUACAUGUUGCAACAGGGAGACACCUCCAGAACAGAAGCAAAGAAAAUGUCUAACUGCCAGUAUCACACAGCACCGAAUGUUCUGUAAACACCAGCCUAAGAGGCUUGUAGGAAAUCAUAACAUCAGCUGAUACAGAAUCACAGUGUCACAGAUACAUUAUCAGUGUGUCCUCGAAUCUAGUCUGGUGUCAAACUUUAACCAUAACUUUCAACACUGGCAGACAUUUGAUACUGGCAGUUAAACAGGUCAAAGGUACUUAGUUACAACAGAUAAUGAUAGACUAACAGGUGCAAACAGAGGUGUAAAGUAACGAAUUACAACUACUGUCGUUACUGUAAUUGAAUAAUCUCUAAUAUUAAGGAAGUCUCGAGGUUCUGCUCGCCUGAGUUAGAAUACCUCAUGGUAAGCUGUAGAUUAUACUAUUUACAAAGAGUUUUCAUCCAUAUUUUUCGUAGCUGUCUAUUUACCACCACAAACCGAUGCUGGCAUUAAGACCGCACUCAACGAGCUGUACAGUGGGGAGAACAAGUAUUUGAUACACUGCCGAUUUUUCAGGUUUUCCUACUUACAAAGCAUGUAGAGGUCUGUAAUUUUUAUCAUAGGUACACUUCAUCUGUGAGAGACGGAAUCUAAAACAAAAAUCCAGAAAAUCACAUUAUGAUUUUUAAGUAAUUAAUUUGCAUUUUAUUGCAUGACAUAAGUAUUUGAUACAUCAGAAAAGCAGAACUUAAUAUUUGGUACAGAAACCUUUGUUUGCAAUUACAGAGAUCACACGUUUCCUGUAGGUCUUGACCAGGUUUGCAUACACUGCAGCAGGGAUUUUGGCCCACUCCUCCAUACAGACCUUCUCCAGAUCCUUCAGGUUUCGGGGCUGUCGCUGGGCAAUAUGGACUUUCAGCUCCCUCCAAAUAUGUUCUAUUGGGUUCAGGUCUGGAGACUGGCUAGGCCACUCCAGGACCUUGAGAUGCUUCUUACGGAGCCACUCCUUAGUUGCCCUGGAAGACCCAGCCUCGACACAUCUUCAAUGCUCUUACUGAGGGAAGGAGGUUGUUGGCCAAGAUCUCGCGAUACAUGGCCCCAUCCAUCCUCCCCUCAAUACGGUGCAGUUGUCCUGUCCCCUUUGCAGAAAAGCAUCCGCAAAGAAUGAUGUUUCCACCUCCAUGCUUCGCGGUUGGGAUGGUGUUCUUGGGGUUGUACUCAUCCUUCUUCUUCCUCCAAACACGGCGAGUGGAGUUUAGACCAAAAAGCUCAAUUUUUGUCUCAUCAGACCACAUGACCUUCUCCCAUUCCUCCUCUGGAUCAUCCAGAUGGUCAUUGGCAAACUUCAGACGGGCCUGGACAUGCGCUGGCUUGAGCAGGGGGACCUUGCGUGCGCUGCAGUAUUUUAAUCCAUGACGGCGUAGUGUGUUACUAAUGGUUUUCUUUGAGACUGUGGUCCCAGCUCUCUUCAGGUCAUUGCCGUAUAGUUCUGGGCUGAUCCCUCACCUUCCUCAUGAUCAUUGAUGCCCCAAGAGGUGAGAUCUUGCAUGGAGCCCAAGACCGAGGGUGAUUGACCGUCAUUUUGAACUUCUUCCAUUUUCUAAUAAUUGCGCCAACAGUUGUUGCCUUCUCACCAAGCUGCUUGCCUAUUGUCCUGUAGCCCAUCCCAGCCUUGUGCAGGUCUACAAUUUUAUCCCUGAUGUCCUUACACAGCUCUCUGGUCUUGGCCAUUGUGGAGAGGUUGGAGUCUGUUUGAUUGAGUGUGUGGACAGGUGUAUUUUAUACAGGUAACGAGUUCAAACAGGUGCAGUUAAUACAGGUAAUGAGUGGAGAACAGGAGGGCUUCUUAAAGAAAAACUAACAGGUCUGUGAGAGCCGGAAUUCUUACUAGUUGGUAGGUGAUCAAAUACUUAUGUCAUGCAAUAAAAUGCAAAUUAAUUACUUAAAAAUCAUACAAUGUGAUUUUCUGGAUUUUUGUUUUAGAUUCCGUCUCUCACAGUUGAAGUGUACCUAUGAUAAAAAAUUACAGACCUCUACAUGCUUUGUAAGUAGGAAAACCUGCAAAAUCGGCAGUGUAUCAAAUACUUGUUCUCCCCACUGUAUAUAAGCAAACAAGAAAAUGCUCAUCCAGAGGCAGCACUCCUAGUGACCGAUGAUUUUACUGCAGGAAAACUGCUUUUCUACCGGCAUGUCACCUGUGCAACUAGAGGCGGAAUAAACUCCUUUACUCCAGACACAUACAAAGCUCUCCCUCGCCCUCCAUUUUGCAAAUCUGACCAUAACUCUAUCCUCAUGAUUCCUGCUUACAUUCAAAAACUCAAACAGGAAGUACCAGUGAUGCGCUCAAUAUUGAUGUGGUCCGAUGAAGCGGAUGCUAAGCUACAGGACUGUUUUGCUAGCACAGACUGGAAUAUGUUCCGGGACUCAUCCGAUGGCAUUGAGGAGUUUACCACAUCAGUCACCGGCUUCAUUAAUAAGUGCAUCGACGAUAUCGUCCCCACAGUGUACAUAUACCAACCAGAAGCCAUGGAUUACAGGCAACAUCCACACUGAGCUAAAGGCUAGAGCUGCCGCUUUGAAGGAGCACCCUCCGACGAACCAUCAAACAGGCAAAGCAUCAGUACAGGACUAAGAUAGAAUCCUACUACACCGGCUCUGACGCUCGUCGGAUGUGGCAGGGCUUGCAAACUAUGAUGGAUUACAAAGGGAAACCCAGCCGCGAACUGCCCAGUGACACAAGCCUACCAGAUGAGGAAAAUGUAUUCUAUGCUCGCUUCGAGGCAAGCAACACUCAACCAUGCAUGAGAGCACCAGCUGUUCUGGACAACUGUGUGAUUACACUCGCCGUAGCCGAUGAAAGUAAGACGGAUUACCAGGACGCAUUCUCGGAGCAUGCACUGACCAGCUGGCAAGUGUCUUCACUGACAUUUUCAACCUCUCCUUGACCCAGUCUGUAAUACCUACAUGUUUCAAGCAGACCACCAUAGUCCCUGUGCCCAAGAACACUAAGGUAACCUGUCUAAAUGACUAUCACCUCGUAGCACACACAUCUGUAGCAAUGAAAUGCUUUGAAAGGCUCCUCAUGGCUCACAUCAACACCAUCAUCCCAGACACCUUGAACCCACUCCAAUUUGCAUACCACCCCAACAGAUCUACAGAUGACACAAUCUCCAUUGCACUCCACACUGCCCUUUCCCACUUGGACAAAAGGAACACCUAUGUGAGAAUGAUGUUCACUGACGACAGCUCAGCGUUCAACACCAUAGUACCCUCUUAGCUCAUCACUAAGCUAAGAACCCUGGGACUGAACACCUUUUUCUGCAACUGGAUUCUGGACUUCCUGAUGUGACGCCCCCAGAUGGUGAGGGUAGGCAACAACACAUCUGCCACGCUGACCCUCAACACGGGGGUCCCUCAGGGGUGCGUGCUUAGUCCCCUCCUGUACUCCCUGUUCACCCACGACUGUGUGGCCACGCACGACUCCAACACCAUCAUUUGCCAAUGACACAACGGUGGUAGGCCUAAUCACCGACGACGAUGAGACAGCCUAUAGGGUGGAGGUCAGAGACCUGGCUGUGUGGUGUUAGGACAGCAACAUCUCCCUUAACAUCAGCAAGACAAAGGAGCUGAUCGUGGACUACAGGAAACGGAGGGCCAAGCACACCCCCAUUCACAUCGACGGGACUGUAGUGGAGCGAGUCGAGAGCCUGAAGUUCCUCGGUAUCCACAUCACUAAGGAUCUAUCAUGGUCCAAACACACCACCACAGUCAUGAAGAGGGCAUGCCAACACUUCUUCCCCCCGAGGAGGCUGAAAAGAUUUGGCAUGCCCUCAGAUCUUCAAAGUUCUACAACUGCACCAUUGAGAGCAUCUUGAUUGGCUGCAUCACUGCUUGGUAUGGCAACUGCUUGGUUCUGCUUGGAACUCCCUGCCAUCCAGGACCUCCAUAACCAGGUGGUGUCAGAGGAAGGCCCUAUAAAUUGUCAAAAACUCCAGCCACCAAAGUCAUAGGAUGUUCUCUCUGCUACCGCACGGCAAGCGGUACCUAUGCACCAAGUCUGGAACCAACAGGACCCUGAACAGCUUAUACCCCCAAGCCAUAAGACUGCUAAAUAGUUUGUUAAAUAGUUAGUCCGGGUAGCUAUUUGGUUAUCUGCAUUGACCCUUUUUUCAGUAACUUUUUUGACUCUUCACAAAUGCUGCUGCUGCUAAUAUUUACUAUCCAUCACUUUAUUCCUAGUUAUAUAUACAUAUCUACCUCAAUUAUCUCUUACCCCUGCAUGUCGACUCGGUACUUGUAUCCCUUGUAUAUAGCCAAGUUAUCGUUACUCAUUGCGAAUCUAUUUAUUUUAUUAUUACAUGUUUUACUUUUCAAUUAUUUCUCUAUUUUCUUUCUCUCUGCAUUUUUCUUUACAAAGCAUUUUAUUUAAUUUUAGUACUUGUACUUUAAGUACAUUUUCAAGUCAGUAAUUUUACUUCUACUAAAAUGUAAUGUAAGUAACAGUACUUCUACUUGAGUAGGAUAUUUCAGUACUCUUUUUUUUUUACAUGUCUUUUUAAAGUAAUUUUUUUAUGAUUGACUUCUUAUUGAGUAAAAUUUCAUUAAAGUAACAGGACUUCUAGUUGAGUAGGAUAUUUCAGUACUCUUUCCACCCCUUGGUGCAAAACUACUUUAUUAAAUAUGUUACUUAAAGAUACAUGGUUAACUCCUGUUUCCAUUCACCAAGGGAAUGCAUUGGUGUGCAUCACCCCGCACAUACAAUCAUGUUUAUUACAUAUCAAUCCAUAUCAAAUACAGGAAAAGGAUAACUCAAAUAAUUUUCCAUUACAGUACCCUAGUAUUCCCUACAUAGUGCACUACUUUUGAUCAGAGCUCUUGUCAAAAGUAAUGCACUAUAGAGGGAAUAGGGUACCAUUUCGGACGCACACUACUGUAUAUCUAUGUGAUCCAUAGACCAUAAUGUGUGACACCGUCUCUCUCGCUCCCUCUCUCCCACCAGGCCCUGAACCUGACCUGUAACAUUUCAGGCGACCCCGUGCCUGAGGUCGUCUGGCUGAAGAACGAGAGGGAGAUUGUGUCGGAUGACCACUACCUCAUGAAGUUCGAGUCGGGCAAGUAUGCCAGCUUCACCAUCACCACGGUGAACACGACAGACUCGGGCAAGUACAGCAUCCUGGUGAAGAACAAGUACGGCACAGAGAGCGCAGACUUCACCAUAAGUGUCUUCAGCCCCGACAGCAAGAAAUAAAGAAGAAAGAAAGAAGGCUGGCAAGAAAUAAGGAAGACCUCAAUCUUUGCGUAAAUAUCAUGUAUAAAAAACAGACCGAGUCCUGAGCAUUGGUUUGAGAUGGUUUUUAUGGUAGUAUAAACAGUAUUUAAAUCCAGUUUGAAAAGGUGUAUCGUUUUAGUCAGCAUGAAAUGUCUAAAGGUUCAGAGAGAAAUAAUAGAAGAGCUGUUUCAGCAUUUUAUCUUUCUAAAGGUCGUUUCCUUUAUCUUGACACAACGAUGAGUUUAGUUAUACAUUCAUAGCAUUUCCACCAUGUAUUACAAAUAAGGCUGUCAGAGUUAAUCAGCUAACCUGAGUUAACAUUUAUUCAUUUGAGUGCACACAUUUAUUUUUCACAACUAAUCGCAUUGUCUGAAAGCGUUCAAACUACACUGAAAACAUCCAAAAUACAUCAUCAUCUAUACAGCUAAAAACAACAGUGUGAUGUGUAAACAAGUUGACAUUUAGGUUCAAGGAAGUGUGCUUAAUUAAUCUAAUUGAUUUUGCUUACUGUUACUUUGGACAAAAUCAAGACAUCAAUAUUAUUGUAAUCCUUUUUGUAGAAAGAAUCUUAAAAUACAGCUCAAUUUGAGCAAAUUCUGAAUUUGCGACUUAAUCACAGCAAAUCCUGGAAUUAACUCGAUUACAUUUUUUUAAAAUCGUUUGACAGCCCUAAUUACAAUAUCCCACUGGGCACACACUGGCUGAAUCAAUGUUGUGUCCACGCCAUUUCAAUGAAAUUAAGUUGAACCAACGUGUAAUAGACAUUGAAUUGACGUCUGUGCCCAGUGGGAUGUUGCUAUAGCUAAAAAAGAAGAGGAAUUGAUGUACUAAAAAGGCACAUACACAUUUGUGUUAAUUCAAAUGAAUUCAAUGUAGUUAUUUGUUCCAUUUCAUUCACUGUGUACUGAUUGAUGUCACCACCUAUGUUACUCAGUAGUGUUAUUACAUCACUCCUUCUCUCACUGUAGUGAUUAUGACACCACUCCCUCUGAUUAUGACAUCACCUCCCCUGACACUUAGUAGUGAUUAUGACAACACUUCCAUUGUCACUAUGUAGUGAUUAUGACAUCACUACUUCUAUCCCCUGUCUCACUAGAAGGACUAAUAAAAUGGAGCAUGUAUUUCCUCACCUCCUCUUCCUCUGUGUUUUGUUCCCACUCUAUGGCACCCCACUCUUCACUCUCUGCUUCAGUCUCCUUUUCACUUGUCUGAUAUUGUCUGUUGGUCAUCUAGUCUCCGAAGGCCAAGAAGGCCUCUAUCAGGAAAAUACAGUGCAUUCGGAAAGUAUUCAGACCCCUUGACUUUUUCCACAUUUUGUUACGUUUCAGCCUUAUUCUAAAAUGGAUUAAAUCAAACAUGUUCCUCAUCAAUCUACACACAAUACCCCAUAAUGACUAAGCAAAAAAAGGUGUUUAGAAAAUUGUUAAUGUAUAAGAAUUAAAUGGAAAUAUCACAUUUACAUAAGUAUUCAGACCCUUUGCUAUGAGACUCGAAAUUGAGCUCAGGUGCAUCAUGUUUCCAUUGAUCAUCCUUGAGAUGUUUCUACAACUUGAUUGGAGCCCAACUGUGGUAAAUUCAAUUGAUUGGACAUUAUUUGGAAAGGCACACACCUGUCUACAUACAUGUCAGAGCAAAAACCAAGCCAUGAGGUCGAAGGAAUUGUUCGUAGAGCUCCGAGACAGGAUUGUAUCGAGGCACAGAUCUGGGGAAGGAUACCAAAAAAUGUCUGCAGCGUUGAAGGUCCCCAAGAACACAGUGGCCUCCAUCAUUCUUAAAUGGUAGAAGUUUGGAGCCACCAAGACUCUUCCUAGAGCUGGCCGCCCGGCCUAACUGAGCAAUCGGGGGAGAAGGGCCUUGGUCAGGGAGAUGAUGAAGAACCCGAUGGUCGCUCUGACAGAGUUCCAGAGUUCCUCUGUGGAGAUGGGAAAACCUUCUAGAAGGACACCCAUCUCUGCAGCACUCCACCAAUCAGGCCUUUAUGGUAGAGUGGCCAGACGGAAGCCACUCCUCAGUAAAAGGCACAUGACAGCCUGCUUGGAGUUUGCCAAAAGGCACCUAAAGGACUCUCAGAUCAUGAGAAACAAGAUUCUCUGGUCUGAUGAAACCAAGAUUGAACUCUUUGGCCUGAAUGCCAAGCGUCACGUCUGGAGGAAACCUGGCACCAUCCCUACGGUGAAGCAUGGUGGUGGCAGCAUCAUGCUGUGCGGAUGUUUUUCAGCGGCAGUGACUGGGAGACUAGUCAGGAUCGAGGGAAAGCUGAACGGAGCAAAGUACAGAAAGAUCCUUCAUGAAAACCUGCUCCAGAGCGCUCAGGACCUCAGACUGGGGCGAAGGUUCACCUUCCAACAGGACAACUACCCUAAGCACACAGCCAAGACAACGCAGGAGUGGCUUCGGGACAAGCCUCUGAAUGUCCUUGAGUGGCCCAUUCAGAGCCCGGACUUUAACCCGAUCGAACAUCUCUGGAGAGACCUGAAAAUAGCUGUGCAGCGAUGCUCCCCAUCCAACCUGACAGAGCUUGAGAGGAUCUUCAGAGAAGAAUGGGAGAAACUCCCCAAAUACAGGUGUGCCAAGCUUGUAGCGUCAUACCCAAGAAGACUUGAGGCUGUAAUCACUGCCAAAGGUGCUUCAACAAAGUACUGAGUAAAGGGUCUGAAUACUUAUGUAAAUGUGAUAUUUCCGUAUUUUAUUUUUAAUACAUUUGCAAAAAAAUCUAAAAACCUAUUUUUGCUUUGUCAUUAUGGGGUAUUGUGUGUAGAUUGAAAAGAAAAAAAACAAUUUAAUCCAUUUUAGAAUAAGGCUGUAACGUAACAAUGUGGAAAAAGUCAAGGGGUCUGAAUACUUUCCGAAUGCACUGUAUACUGCUAUAUAGGGUCUAUGAUAUGAUGUACAGUGCUCCAAGCCACCAUGAUAAAGGAAACAAACAACGUAUCCGCAACUUACACACGACCACAUUAUGAGUGCUGAAUGGAAAAAGUCUUAGUCAUAUGUUUAGUCUGUCUGUGCCACCAUUUUAGAGUCAUUGACCGGAAAAUAUGGAUGGUAGAACCAGGGAAUGUGAUUGUAAUGACAUUAAAACAAAUAAAGUGUUAAGUCACCAGAAUAUAAUGAGAGCAGCCUGUCACAUACCUCUAACAUGUGGAUGGACCAGGAUGUGGGUUAGUCAGUAUGAACCAUAUGUCUGAAACAAGCAUACCAGGGCCCAUAUCCAUAAAGGAUCAGGUCCCACAUGUUCAUACAAUCAUAAUCAUUAUAGUCUGAAAGGCUAAACAAACUGAGAUGCUUUAAGAAUACAGUCCCAGGUUCCAGUCACUUAUCUUCUCUCUGUUGUAUUCUUAAACUUUUUUCGCUGUAUGCUUUUCUAUGUGGUAGAAAAGGCUUCUCUCUGCUUUCAUACAUGAGCUAAAGUGUGUGUGUGUGUCCGUGCGUUAACCCUUUUCUAUUUACCGGUUGGUUGUAACAGAAGGCAAAGGGGACUUGGGAGUGACCUCCUAUUUGACUGAUGCUGAUGGUAACGUGAUCAUUGGUUCUAAAAGUAGAACUACCACUCCAUCAGAGAGGAGGAAGUCAGUCACUGGGAAGAACAUGCAUAAGAGAGAGGGUGAGGAAACAACGGGUGCAAGAAAAUACUUACCCUUAUACCUCUAACACAAAAUUAUUUUAAUGUGAAUAAAUGCUGAUUUAUUUAAACAUUUAGUCCAUAAUGUUGCUUAAUCAGUGGUUAGGCUUAGUUGGCCAAAAGUAGGCUACAUGAAAAGUGCAAUACAGUUAAUAUAACCAUGUGUUAGUGUGGGUUUUCAGUGAAUUUAUGUAAAUCAUGAAGACCAUCUGCAUUUCCUGCUGUGCAGGAAAAUUCUCAGCAACAAAAGUGAUCAAAUUAAGAUCCUACAUCUGUAAGUUGUCUAAAAAGGCCUUAUAUAAUCUCAGAACCCAGAACUGGUAUAACAAUCUGUCACAAGAGACUAGGGCUUAUCUCACUACAAUGUGUCAGUUUAGUUCAACACCUUCAGAAGAAGUGGGGCGAGCCUCAUCGUCAUGUUUAUCCUUUUAGAGGGUUGUGAAAUCCAGGGAUAUUGGCAAAAUGAUUGACCUGUAUAUGUGUGUUCUUCCUAAAAUUCUGUAAUCCUGAAGCCUCCAGAGUAGGAGGGGCAGAAAGAGGAAAACAAGACUGAGAAGGAGGAAGAAAAGAUGGUGGAGGACAAAACUGAUGCUGUACCCACAACCACAGACAAGAAAGAGGCUGCCCUGGCUCUCUGCAAGCAGGAGACCCUGCAGCAACCCACUGCUACAGCAGAUGAGGCAAAACCAGAUGAUGUCCCCACACAGACUAACAAGGGCAAAAAGGAUCAAGAGGGGUAA